CUGGCUCAGUGGCUCGGUCAGCCUGAGGUCUCACUGUUCUUGAAACUCCACUGACCAUCCCGGAGCUUUUGAGUUUCUGGGAACUGAGACUCCUAGUGGGUCAACGCUGCUGUCUGUUCAUUCCAGGAGAGAGAGAACAGGCACACAUUUCUCUUUGGGCUACUCUACCACCCUGAGCGAGCAGAGUAAACCACCACCCCAGUCCCUCCCCUGCAACCUCUGUCAGCUUCGACAAACUUGUUCUCAAAGAAGAAAAUGUCUAAAAAACAAAAGCAAAACCCAGGACAAAAGACGUCCUCUUGGAGACACACACCCAUAGAAACAGACACUCCCACAUGGAGGAACAGCGCUGGCAAGGCUUGCUCACACACGCAGCCACACACGUACAGCCUCUCUCGCGCAGGGAACAGUCGAUGCUCCCCCACACAGAGAGGAAGGCACACUCUCCCUCUCUCAGACACACAGGCACGCUCCUCGUCCUCUCAUGCAGAGCCUCUCGCAAACUCACACAUACACCUUUGAACUCCCCGGCAAACUGGCGGCUGGAGCUGGCAUCCUGCAUGCCAGGGCCCUGAUGUCACAGGCCAGCGAGGAAAGUCUGCAGGAGUUGCCGUAGGGACAGCUGGGUGAGGAGGGCAGCUGCUCUUCGAAGAGGACUAUAACUUGCUGCUGCGGCUGCCUUUCUCUGCUUCUCGUUCCCCUCUCUCCACCAGAUGCUGUGGCUGCUGCUGCUGCUGCCCAUGGAAUGGGCCUCUUCGCAGGCGCAUCUGCAAGCUGUGGCUGAGGUGAGUCCACAUUUCUCUCUCUCUCUCUCUCUCUCUCUCUCUCUCUCUCUCUUCCAGUGCCUUUCCUUGCUGGAGGUGGAGGCUGGCUCCUCCGAGUUACAGCCAGCCUGCAUUUCUCUGCUCCGCUGGGGGAUGAGAGCAUUCCUGCCUGCCGGCCACACAGCUGCACUGAAUUAGCACCAUUGCCCAUUAGAGAAGCUUGGCUCCCUCCAGGAGCUUCCCCCGGCCUCUCCUCUAAUUGAGACCACAGAGCCUUGUGCCAAGGCAGUGCGCGUUAACAGGACAGGAGGACACUUAUUGUGGUGCAUGGGGAUUCUCAGCGCUCAGGAAUGGGGCAUGGGAAGGGGCAUGGCCUAGUAGCAGGGCACAUGGAGAAGGUCUUGGGUUCAGUCCCCAGCAUCUCCAGGUAGGAGAUGGACCCCUACCUGAAACCCCAGAAAGCUGCUGCCAAUCUGAGUAGAUAAUACUGGGCUGUUUGGACCAAGGGUCUGACUUGGGAAAAGGUAGCUUCCGGUGUGAGGAGGCAAAGCCACACAGUGGGCCUGUAAACAGAGAUGGGAGCUUGUCAUGAGUAAUUGCCCUGGUGCUCAGUGUGUGUGGCACAUUCUGCCGCCGCUCACACCUUCACCUGCCCGACUCAGAAGCACACCAGGUUCCCAGUCUGGAUGCUGAGUCUGUUGGAAAUGCUGGAAUGAGGUGCAUUAUUAUACUUCAUACUCUAUACUUUUAGUCCUACUCGGGUGUUUCCUGCCAGCCUCUCUGGACUGCUUCCCACACACCCCCACACCCCGGCUGGGGCACAUGAACCCUCAUCAGACGCAGCUCUGUGACCUGUUUCCAUUAAGGGCCUGGUUCCUCCUUUCCCCCUCACAAUGCAUUGAUAGUUGUAGAAAUUUGCCUUUACACAAAUCUACCAUGCGGCCAGACCAGGAAUACUGUGUACAGUUCUGGUUGCUGCACCUCAAAAAGGAUAUUGUAGAGCUGAAAAAGGUGCAGAAAGGGGCAAGCAAAAUGAUCAGGGACCAGAUCAGUUCAUAUAUAUAUAUAUAUAUAUAUAUAUAUAUAUAUAUAUAUAAAAUAAGUUUUCAACAUAUCAUUUUCAACAAUAAUUAACCGUACUUUAACAUCUUAUACAAUUUUUUGACUUCCAUCAAUCACAUCUGAAAAUUUUCCAAUCUAUUUACUUAAUUUACAUUUCUUAUUGUCAGGGGUUCAGGGACAGAGGCACAGGGUAGGGAGGAGAUGGAGAGCGAUGGGGAUGAAUCCCAGGACAGCGAGGAAGAGGAUGACAAUGACUCAAGAGAUUCCAUGAGUCUUUCCAGCGAAUCAGAGGAUUCCCAGAAGGGGCGCCAGUGGUCAAGGCCAGGGAGCCCCAGGGGGACGUGUCAGGAACAGGGGACCAGCGGGGAUCCCAAAGUGGCAGCUGGGCGUCAGGACCAGCCUCCCCGCCAGAGUGCAGCGAAGGGGGUGGAGGUUCCAGUGUAUCAGGGAAGCAGCUCCAGCAGCAGAGAAGGGAGGGAGGUCGGAGCAAGCCACCCUCCCGGAAGGGAGGGAGUAGUGACGGGAGUAGUGUAACUGUCACAAGGCAAGGUCGCGGUUGGGCGCGCGCGCCAAGUUCAAAUGUAGAGGCGCGCGGACGUCCAGGGAGCCCGGAGGCCGAGCCCGGUCCUAAAGCCCGCCGGCGGGGGGGAAGAGCAGUCGGGGGAUAGCGCGUCAGGGGAAUCCAGGAGGGCGAAACCCCAGCGGGCAGGAAGACCCUGAGGAAAAGGAAAGAGAGAAAGAGGUGGAGCAGCGCAAGGCUCUUAAACUGGUGCAGGGGAGGGACUGACUCAGAGGGGACUUCAACGGUCUAAGCGUACAGACGUGAGGCUGCGCGCCUCGGAUGUGAAGCAAACAAUGAACUGCAAUAAACACUUUUGUAUGUAAGAAGAGAUUGGCGUUGGUCUUUUGUGAGCUGAGACCUGAGGCAGCCUUGACACUUAUUUUCACUAUUACAUUUAAAUCUCACAACUAAUAUCUCUCUUCUUUCUCUUCUUUGCAAUAUUUCAUAUAUUUCUCCUUACAAAACUUCUUGUAGACCUGCUAGCAUAAUUUGUUGAUUACAAUUGCUCUUCAAAUAGUUCGUAUAUUUCUUCCAAUCUUCUGUAAAUCUCUGGUCCCACAGGUUUCGCAUCCUUCCUGUCAUUUUAUCCAAUUCUGCGUAGUCCAUUAAUUUUGUCUGCCUUUCUUCUUUCGUCAGGACCAGAUCAGUUCUCAUACAAGGAAAGGUCACAACUCCUAGGGCCUUUAUUUGUUCAGGGAGAAGGGAGCGAACGAGGAGGGAUGUAAGAGAUGCAAAUUAUACCUGGUUUGGACAGAGAGAAGAUUAGCACUCUCUCAUAAUACCAAAACCCAGGGUUGUCCAAUGAAGCUGAAUAUUGGGACGUUUAGGACAGGCGAAAGGAAGCACUGCAAGAUGUAGUAAUGGUCACCAAGUUGGGUGACUUUAAAAGGGGAUUCUACAAAUUCACAGAGGCUAUCAACAGCUGCUAGCCACAAUGGCCUUAUGUACUACUGCCUGAAUCAGAGACAGUAUUGCUGUAGUUGUUGGAGGGGCCCAUUGAGCUCAUGUCCUUCCCAUAGGCAUCUAGAAGGCCACUGUGAGAACAGGAUGCUGGACUAGAUAGGCUUUUAGUCUGAUUUGUACAUUGACUCCAUGUGCGGGUUCAGGAUUUUGGCCUCCCAAAAUUCUCUACUCUGUUUGUGUACAGAAAAAAAACUUGUGUUUCAGAGCAUUUCUCCAGAGAGAGGAGAAAUUAUCCUCAUUAUUAUGUCACCAUUAGGUGUGGCAGUAGCACAACUUCUCCAUCCCCAAGUCCCCCCCCUCCCUUUGUUGCCAAAGGGGCCUAGCAUCAUUCGGGAUCAUGCAGGUGAUGGAGGGGAAUGAUGGCACCACAAAAAAGGUGGAUAAUAUUACAGUGGUACCUCAGGUUACAUACGCUUCAGGUUACAUACGCUUCAGGUUACAGACUCCGCUAACCCAGAAAUAGUGCUCCAGGUUAAGAACUUUGCUUCAGGAUAAGAACAGAAAUCGGGCUCCGGCAGUGCGGCAGCAGCAGGAGGCCACAUUAGGUAAAGUGGUGCUUCAGGUUAAGAACAGUUUCAGGUUAAGUACGGACCUCCGGAACGAAUUAAGUACUUAACCUGAGGUAUCACUGUAGUAGAAAAUUCUGCAAAAUGGCUUUCUGUUUUUGGGAGGAGGGGGAAGAAUGAGGUAAGAGGAAGAAAGAAAAAUCACAUUUUUUAUCUUCUAAGAAAUUUCGGCUCUGCUCUAGAGAAGGUUGUUCAGCCAGGCAGGUGAUUUCCCUGGUGAUUCUGAUCACUUUCUUCAUGUCAUGAGAACCAUCCUGGAGGCAGGGUGAGGCCGAGGACAGGGAUUGGUGUUGCAUUGCCCCGCCACUUGCGAGAAUUCCCCAGAUGCAUUGCAUGAGACGCUAUUCCAACCAUAAGAUUUACAUACUUGCAAGCCUUUGAAAAUCCUCUUUUUCAUUUGGGUAGCUCUCUGGAAGUCCAGAGAUGUUGGACUCCCAUAAUCCUUGACCCUUGUCUAUACCGGCUGGUGAUAAUGGGAGCUGGAGUCCAACCAACGUUUAUAGGGGGCCUUGUUGGUAACUCCUGCACUAGAACUUGGUUUUAACCAUGAUAUUCAGCAGCAUAUUCAGAACAAACAAAACAGUAGGCAUCAUCACACACAAUUCAUAUGUGGAAAUCAUUCCGACAAGCUGUUCCGACUAGCAUAAAUACCUUUAAAACUGAAUUUCAAAAGUCAGGAUUGUUCAAUGACAACAAGUAAUCUUGAACAGAACUUCUACAUUUCAUGAAUAGAACUUCACUGUUCAGGAUUAAUGGAUGUGGGGGGAUACAACAGGAGAAAGCUAUUCCAGCAUGCCUUGCUUGUGAGCAAUCCAGGGUCAUCCAGCUGGGAGAGUUGCCAGCUUCGGUCCUUUCCAGUCCAUGUAGCUCUGCCUUUAACAGCAACUUGAUGCACAGACAUUGGGAGGAAUUCAGCUCCACAUUGCUACAAACAUUCCAUCAGAAUGCUUUUCUGCUUGCCCAAUGAAAUUAUCUCCCCAUACAUGCUGUUCUGGGGGUACUGCUGACCCCCUUUGCCACUUGGGUUGGGAGGAAGACCCAUUGUUCUAGUGAAAGUCCUUGUAUGGGCUUCUGCUAGCAGGACCAGUUAGUUGAAUCUGGCCCCGGAUAAUGUUUAUUUCCAUCCUGCAGAAAAACAUCAUACCCACUGAUUUCUACACAUCAGCCUGCUGUGGAAAGCAGACCUGCUCCUUUCAGCUGGCAACCUUGCUGGUUGCCAUUAUUGGAGAUAGAAUGCUGGAUAAGGGGAAUCUUUGGUUAGACCCUGAUAAGCAAAUCUUAGGGGUUUUUGUUCUUGUCUAAAUCUCACUGUAAAAUUAGGAGCCAAAUUAGAACAGCAGAGCUUAAACUGAACCUGAUGCCACGGGGAGGAACUCCCAUAGACCAUUUCUUCCUGGCUUUUCCAACUUCACGUUCCUCCAACCUAACUAUUGCCAUAGGGCUGCAACUAGAGUGGAGGCGAAAUCUAGACAUUUUAUGCAGUUGGGUGUAAAUUUCCCCAUCAUUAAAAAUAAAAUUAAAAGCCUUAGGAGGUUACAAAUUUAAGUGGAGGGAAAGUGUGGUGUCCGUGUGCUUGACCCUCCCCCCCAUUUCUUUCAUUUAUAAUCUCAUCCCCCCCAACUGUUCUUCCACAGGUAUCUUACUUUUGGUAAAAAUGGGAAAAGACAUACCACCUUCCUAUCACUGUUCCUCUAUUUAUGUUUACAUAUGCAGACUUACUAUGUUGUUUUACGAACGCACGCACGCACGCCAGCACACGAGCGUGCACACACACACACACGUAUAAAAAACACCUGUGAGGGAACACUGACUGCAUGUAAUGCCUAGGAAAAGGGAUCCCUGACCAUUAGGUCCAGUCGUGACCGACUCUGAGGUUGCGGUGCUCAUCUCGCUUUAUUGCCCGAGGGAGCCAGCGUACAGCUUCCGGGUCAUGUGGCCAGCAUGACUAAGCCGUUUCUGGCAAACCAGAGCAGCGCACGGAAACGCUGUUUCCCUUCCCACCGGAGCGGUACCUAUUUACCUACUUGCACUCUGACGUGCUUUCGAACUGCUAGGUUGGCAGGAGCAGGGACUGAGCAACGGGAGCUCACCCCGUUGCGGGGAUUCGAACCGCCGACCUUCUGAUCGGCAAGUCCUAGGCUCUGUGGUUCAACCCACAGCGCCACCUGCGUCCCAUGUAAUGCCUAGUUUGCCCCUAAUUGUUUACUCCACCCUUUACUGGCCACAUACCAAAAUGGGGAGAACCAGGGAGUCCACUACAGCUGCAGCAUAAUGACCUAACCCUUGUUACGAAGGAAGCAACCUGGAUAAUGCCACAAAGAGAAACAAUGCAAGAGGCAGGGCUUAGCUAUACACAGCAACAAGUCUGGCUUCCAGAGAGACGUACCAAGCUGGGAAGGGAGGCUGGCAGCAAGACCUUACAGUUCCUGUAAGCCAGUCUAGGAAGGAUCUGUAGUUGGACAGCACUUGGCAGCUGUCAACACUGAGCCCUUGACUGUGAAAAGAAGAUGUAGCCUUCCACCACUCAGGCGUUCCAUGCGGUACCCAUCCAUUUGGAUGCAAACUCUCUUCCCCUUUGAGGUUGUGGUAGCAAUGUCUAGAGAGGAUGCACUUCUGUUUUAAAAUAGUUUCAUGCACCCAUCCCUGGUCAUUAACUAUUCUGGAUGGGGCUGAUAGGAGCUGGAGUCCAAUACAUCUGGAGGGCACCAGGAUAGGGAUGACUGGACUUAGUGAUUCUAACCAGAGAGGUGUCCCCUCCACAUACUGCAAGUGUGAGGGACCAGGCAUAAAUGUGGGUAUCUCAGGGGUGGGGAAACCUGUGGCCCUAUCAUCUGUGACCAUUGGCCAUGCUCACUGGGGGCGAUGGGAGUUGGAGUUCAGCAACAUCUGGAGGGUCACAGAUUCCACACCACUGGAGUGUCAUAACACUAGAGGUGUUGUCUCUCUUUGUUUUUAUGGCAGAAUAGAGAUGCAGUCUUUUUCUGAGCCUUGCUUCUAUCCAGACACCACUAAGGAUUUUAUUAAUUUCAAUCUCAUAGGAUGACAGAUGCAACCAGACAGAUUGGCAAAGGCAUCCAGGAGUGGAAGGACUGCCUGACGAGAAAGGUGAGUUUUCUGCUCCUCUCCCCUGGGAGUUCCCAGACAGGGAAAUCUGGAAUAUCACAGGAAUAUCCACUGUUUUUGGAGCCAGGUAUAUUUCCCUAGAGAUCGCGCCAAGGGACAAAGUGAGGGAGUGAUGGGGACCUAAGGGAGUGAGAAUGUAAUGGGAAGGUGUCCCUCAGUGUGCUCACCUUCUUUUCCCUGAAGAAGAAGGAGAGAUACUUUUUCUCCCCAGUGCAGCUCAGCCUUCAACUUCCAACUGGCUUUUAUGGAGCCAAGCUUCAUGGCAAAGGACACAGCUUGAAAAACCCUCCUUAAUCUAAAGAGUCACUGAAAACUAUUUGUGGCAUUUGUGUGUGUCGGGGUGGUGGUGGCAUUCUUACAGUCCACCACUUUUAAAAAGAAUUGGCUCAUUGUGCACGUUGGGAGACCGCAAACCCUUUAUUUUGGGCAACCCAGUCAGAUGGGUGGGGUACUACUACUAAUAUUUGUGUGAGUGUGUUUAAUUAAAAUAGUAGACAAUGAAGGAAGGAGGGUGGAGAUUGUGUUGCUAGUCUCUAAUUUUCCUUCCUUCCUUCCUUCUGACGAGUUCAGAGCAAUAUUCAAUAUCCAAUUUUAUCCUCACCCAGGAUUAUACAUAAGGCUUAAAGGACAGUGACUAUGCCAACAUCACCUUCUAAGCUUCAUGACUGAGUCUAGGUUUCCUCAGUCCUAUUCUUACACUCCACAACACAACACAAGCUCUGUAUCAUAUGUCCUAUAAGUGUUUGUGACAUUUGCACUACCAAUUUCCAUGCAGCAAUGCACACACCUAGGGAAAUAUUCUUUUCUUUUUCUUUUCCCGGCACCAUGUUUCUACAGACUGUUCUGGGUAAAAAGAAACCUGGAGCCAGUGCCGAAUUGUACUAGGACUCUCUUAUUCAGGCGAUUCUCCAAACUAUUGUUCACCUUUUCUGUGUAUGAAUUUCAGUGUGUUUUCAAGUAGCUAGAGAUACACAGUAGUAGACAAAAGCUUCUGAACCAUUUUGGCGAAACAAAGAACUGUUAAAUGUCAGAUCUAUUUAGGCAAGCAAGAUGCACAUUCAAACUCAUGAAAAGUGACAGCAGCAUUCUACAAGUGUUCUGCCUUAGCAUAAAAAUAGAUGUUGAAUUCUGUAAGCUAUCUAAUACUUGGAGGGAUGGAGAAUAUUGUGAAGGAAAGGCCCAAAAUGUAUUGGCAAAAGUUAUUAUUGCUUUCCUCCCGGAAACCAAGUCAAGCCAAAUUCUCUUAACUCAGGGACUGCACAGAUCUAGCAUUUCCAUCAUCAUCAUCAUCAUCAUCAUCAUCAUACCUUGCCCAUCUGACUGGGUUGCCCCAGCCACUCUGGGCGGCUUCCAACGUAAAUAAAAGCAUAAUCUGAAGGAGCGUCUCUACCCCCAUCGUUCUACCCGGACACUGAGGUCCAGCACCGAGGGCCUUCUGGCGGUUCCCUCACUGCGAGAAGCCAAGUUACAGGGAACCAGGCAGAGGGCCUUCUCGGUAGUGGCGCCUUCCCUGUGGAACACCCUCCCACCAGAUGUCAAAGAGAACAACAACUACCAGGCUUUUAGAAGACAUCUGAAGGCAGCCCUGUUUCGGGAAGCUUUUAAUGUUUGAUGUAUUAUAGUAUUUUAAUAUUCUUUUGGAAGCCGCCCAGAGUGGCCGGGGAAGCCCAGCCAGAUGGGCGGGGUAUAAAUAAUAAAUUAUUAUUAUUAUUAUUAUUAUUAUUAUUAUUAUUAUUAUUAUUAUAAUAAAACAUUACGCAUUAAAAAGCUUCCCUAUACAGGGCUGCCUCCAGAUGUCUUCUAAAGGUUAUAUAGUUAUAAAACCUUGAAGUUUUUAUCAAUAUUAAUUAACCUGGAUACAUGCUUGCUCAACCAUUAAUUGCAGCAUGCAGAAUUUCCACAUAGGUGAGUUCAACACAAGCCACCAAGAAUAUAUUAACAAUUACAACAUGCAAAAGUAGCACAGGUUGCACACAGACUUUGCCGGCAAGCAGGUAAACAGGGCAUUAGACACACUUCUAAUACAUCAGCAAAGCAUUAAAUAAGGCCUUUGUCUCCAGAGAGAAUUACACUGCAAUCCUAGGAACACAUUAAGACUUCAUUAUGUAGAUACUUCUCCACAGUGGGUUAGAAUUAGAAAGGAACAGGGCAAGGUCUGCCUUAAACUGCUAAUUCACCUAAUGAAACCACCCAAGGUGUCUGCAUAUCUUGCAUCCAAAACUCAUAAUUAUCUCCACCAGGGGGGAAAAGCAUACCAAAGUAUUGUGGAACCUGAAAGGCCAACAGAUUCAUUGUGACAUAAGCUGUCAUCGACUAGAGUUCACAUCUUCUGAUGCAUGAAGAGUUAUGCACAGUUAGUGUAUAUACAUGGGCAUAGAGGGGAAAGAUAGUAAACAAUGAAGCCAAAUAGCAUGAAAUGCAGGAGCGGCAGGCUCUGUUUACACAUGUACAUGUGCAUACACAUUGGAGACAAAGAUUUCAGAACUUGUAUGAUUGGAUGAAACCCACCACGUCCCACCAUUGCACACAAAAACAUGCCCCAUUGCCUGAACAGGGCUACAACCUAUGAUUAUUCUGCGCAAAGCUUAUAUGUCAAUAAAAUAAACAUAGUGGCCAAUCACAACAGCAAUGUGCAAUAACACAACAUUCCUAGCUUCACUAUGCUAAUUUUUUAAUUACCUACCUGGAGUAGGAGAGGAAACUAUUACCUAUGUUGAUGCCAUUUCACGCUGGAAUGAAGUGCCUUCACAGAAAAGGUUAGGUUAGGAACAAAGUGUUUUCUAAAGACUGCCAAUGGUUUCUGAAUAUUGUCAUUUUUGUGUUGCUUUAUUCUUUUCUGUAGAGACUGACUUGCUUGUCCUAGGUCAGGCAUCCCCAAACUCGGCCCUCCAGUUGUUUUGGGACUACAACUCGCAUCAUCCCUAGCUAAAAGGACCAGUGGUCAGGGAUGAUGGAAAUUGUAGUUCCAAAACAGCUGGAGGGCUGAGUUUGGGGAUGCCUGUCCUAGGUAGACACCAGAAGGGCAUUGCUGACAGGACAUUACAAAAAUUACAUGUAAUGCAUUGGAAGAUGAGCUGGUGAAUGAACACCUGAUGAUAUGGUUAUCUUUAUGGAUGAUGUCUGUAAUAUUGUUGCUUGUAUGAAAAGGGAGGUAGAGUUGGCAUCUGGGCUUGUUGCAGAAUCUGGUCCUUAGGUUUCUGUCUCCAUUUGAUGGUUAAUUGUUGCUAGUGACUAGCCAGUUUCAAUUGAGGGACUUUCUGCAAGGGUGGACAGGGCUACCACCCAAGGCCUUGUCCAGGAUAGGCUGUAGAUUAUUCAUGAUGCAUUGGGGCACCUUUACCUGGGAGCCAUAGGUGACAACAAGUUAUUUUCUCUUCUGGAUCUGAGUCGUAGAAGGAUAUGCCUGGGAGUCAGACUGGCUUUUUCAGUCUCUUAUUUGCAUUUCAGGGUGAGGGUGUCAUCAGUUUCAGGAAUGCCUGAUGUAAAUAUUGAGUUCCUUUCUAAGGAGCUGGAACAAACGUGGUUGAAUUGUGGGGCUUGACUACAGACAAUGAAUCAUGUAGUGCUGGGGUUGCCAACACUGCCCCUCCCCCCUUUGACCACUUCAAAAUUGCUGAUGGUCUUAGCAGACCAAAUUAUGAUUUUCCUGUCUGUUGUUUAGCAAUUGUAGAUGCUAAAGAAUUAAAACAUGACUAUUCUAAUGCAGUGGAUUUGCCUGUCAUACUACUGUUCCUUUUUAUAAACCAACCACUCCCACUCAGGUUCAGCAUGAGAGUGAGGAGACUUUGCUGAUAUCUAAAGUUCCUCCGACUUUUUGGCCCAGAUCAGGGGUAGCCAAUGUGGUGCUUUCCAGUUCCUUUGGACUGCAACUCUCACCAGCCCCAGCCAAUGGUCAGGGAUGAAGGGAACUCCCCUGAGUCUGUGUGGCUCAUUUGACAUCAACAUGAAACUGAUCCUUUAAUGUCACUGGCUCAGUCAUGUGGAAUGUUCUUCCAAUAGAGAUUCAACAGGUGUUUGCUGAAAAAUUUAAGUGCCGCCAUACUUAUAGAGUCAACAAAGAAACAUAGUUAGCUCGCAAUCUGUUUUAAAUUCUUAUAUACUUUUUAGGGUCUCUGUGUGUGUUUGUGACAGCUUUGAUUAUAUAUUUGUGUGUGUGUGUGAUACAAUUAUUUUAAAAAAUAAAGACAAAUAAUAAAUAAUAUGGCGCCCACAACAUCUGGAUAGCAUCACGUUGCCUACUCACCUAGGUGAUGAAGGUGUUAUUGAUCUAUGUCAGAUAGAGAACAGGCCUUUGGGUUUGAGGGCUGAAGAAAGCAGACCCUGAAGGACAAUACAGUUUUGAGCACCUUAUGGUCUAUCUUCCCCAGGACACCUCCUGAAUGUGAGCAUCAGCAGCCAAGGCCGCUCUGACUACCUCCUCUUGACCUGGGGAAGGCCCUCUGGAGGUGUCCGGGGCUUUUCACUAGCCCUUUAUGACUUCAAGACAGACUCUUUGCUGCAGAAUGGAUCAGCUGGGAUCGAUGCCACCAGUUUCGACUUCCAGGGCUUGCUUCCUGGGACACGAUACAGCAUUGAAGUCACCGUGCUGCUGGUCUGUGCACGAAACUACAGCAGGAGAGUCACCGGGCAGACAGGUAAGUGGGAGACAAAUGCUGCGUGAGGCUAUUCUGAGCAUAGAGUUGGUUUAUAUUUAGAAACAUGAACAUUGCCUUUUCUCACUUUCAUUCACACACUCAAGACUCAGCAUGCCACAUUGUGUAAUGGCGGCCUCCCCUUGACAUGCCUGGCUGUGUGCUUUCUUCAAAAGUUGAAAGUGCUCACUUCUAUAAUAAUAAUUAUAAUUUUAUUGUUUAUACCCCACCCAUCUGGCUGGGUUUCCCCAGCCACUCUGGGCGGCUUCCAGCAAAAUAUAAAAAAUAAUAACAUUUCAGACAUUAAAACCACCCUGAAUAGGGCUGCCUUCAGAUGUUUUCUAGCUUACUGAACAAGUAAAAAAACAACUCAGAGGGUCAGGAUGGAAGCAAGAACCACCCUGGCUUGUGAGCUGCUAUGCCAUGGAGGAAAGUCCCACUCGGCUAGCACUAUGCCUUGCACUAGUGCAGAUAGUUCAUUGAGCCUUGCCCUCAAAAAUCAAUUUCAUUGUCAAAGCUAUCAGCUACCCAUAAAGAAAGGAAAGGUUAACGGAGCAACCUAGGACUUUUGCUUUCAUUUAAUACCCUCUGCCACUCGUAUCCUCCUUAGAGUCUGAAAAUACGUGGCAGAAGAUGCUUCUGGGAGGCUGUCCCAAUCACAGUUUUCACACUGAUGUUCAUGCAAAUACAGUGGUACCUCGGGUUACAUACGCUUCAGGUUACAUACGCUUCAGGUUACAGACUCUGCUAACCCAGAAAUAGUACCUCGGGUUAAGAACUUUGCUUCAGGAUGAGAACAGAAAUCGUGCUCCAGUGACGCGGCGGCAGCAGGAGGCCCCAUUAGCUAAAGUGGUGCUUCAGGUUAAGAACAGUUUCAGGUUAAGAACGGACCUCCCGAACAAAUUAAGUACUUAACCUGAGGUACCACUGUACCAUCAAAUGUUAGAAAAGUGCAGGAUCACUUUACAGUAUACUUGUUUUUUUCUAUGACAUCUACAGUGGUGUGAACUUGAUUUUGGAUGGAAGAAGAGCUUCUGCUAGCUCUUCCAGGCUGAAUUGCUUUAGCUGUCUCAGGCUAAAUAUAACAUGAUGUACCAGUACUUGCGGUUCUACAUCCAGUAUUUAGCACAAAUGCAGCAACAUCUGGCUAUUUUUUCUGCUUGCACAUCCAAGUUGGGCCAAUAAAAUGUGUGUCUGGCCCAUCGUUUAUGCAACACUAUACCCUCUUGUUCACAACUUCCAGAUGCUUUGCUGGGGAGGGGGAAUACUUUGUUCCAUUAUCCCUUCUCAGCAUUUGCCAUUUCAUUCCAGAAACAUCUGAAUCGUAUAGCUAAAAGCAACAUAUUGUUUUGUGCAUGCAACAUUGCUUUUAUUAACGCUGCAAUUCUAAGUAUUUCCUGCUUGGAAGCAAAGUCUCAUUAGUUAGAAUGAAACUUGCUACCAAGUUAGUUUUCUUAAGAUGGAUCACAGCUAAUCCUCCAAACCACUCUGCAUCUUAUUCUUUUGUACAGCUGCAGGAGGGUUUUUUUAUCUUCCUCCCUGGCUUGCAAUUUACAUGUACAAUGAUAUUGAAAUCAACUAAGGCAAACUGAUUUGCAGCCUUUCCCUGUGACUUGCACAGAAACUGAGAGCAAUUGUCAGGCUCUGCAGGCAGCUGGCAGCAAAGUUAGCUCAGAGUUAUUCCAUGGCCGCCUGUUCCUAAUGUAAUGGUACCACAACCGUCUCACAAUAUCCUUGUGGACUUUGGAACAGUGGGAGCCACUAAUUGCAGAAACAGCCCAAGGUUUUCUGUUGGAGCAACUGAUACGGGUCGUUCUAUUACAGACAAACUGUGCCCAGACAAUUCUGUUACAGAGAAGUGUUUUCCAGGCUUAUGAAAAAUUCCUUUGAUCGCAGAAGUUUGUGUAUCAGUCACCAGCUGAAAUUUGCUGAAUGCAGUGUUUUCACAAAAACUGUUUUUACCACAGCCACACACUUGAGGUGGUGUACGUUACCAUUUAAGUGCUUUUUAUUGUCAUUCAAGCUGUAGCAGAACCUCAUUGCAGUUUGUGCUUGUGAAAGUGCCUCUGAAGUAUAGCAACAACCAGGGUCGGAGCUAGGGUAGGAUUGCACCUGAUCCAAGUCCCCACCAAAAUCAUAAUUCAUAGAACCGUAUAGUUGGAAGGGAUUCCAAGGAUCCUCUAGUCCACAACCCCCUGCAAUGCAGGAACUGCAGCUAAGUAUGGCCUUCCAACCUCUGUUUCAAAACCUCCAAUGAAGGUAAAACAUGCUAUAUGCAUUAUUUAGUAAAUGAAAUUUACUUUUAAAAAAAUAAUGUGUUAGGUGAGAUUACUGGUUGUAGUAAUGAUUUAAAUCCUGCAAAUAUUUAGGGUGUGUACCUACUGUGUGAUAAUGUGCAUUCGGUGCUGGAUGCAGGAACCUUUUUCGGGUGCUGUACACAUGACCUCAUCCCCAUGUCAUCCCUGCCCCUGCACUAAUGGUUGAUCUGCUGGAGUGCUUAUAACCCAUUUUGUGCUGAGAAUGCACUUCUCAAGUGCACGCUGCCAGUGUGUGUACACAGAGCAGGCUUUCUCAGGUCACCUCCUAUUGGGGCAGACCUUCUGGCCUUGCAGGACUGUGCCACUCCCCCUCCCCGUAUUUAACUUGUCUAUGAAUGAAAUAGUCAAAACAGGAAGCAAUACCAUACUUUAGUUGUCUCUGUAUGGUGAUCAGCACACCAGUAUACUGUAUCAGCACACCAGUUUCCAAAGACUGCAGAAAACAACUUUAAAAAAAAAAAAAGUCAGUGGACACAGUAAUUCAGGAGAGUAGAUAACACUUGCACACUAAUUUUAAAACAUGCCCACCUGUGUUUACAGACAUCCUGGCUAGCAGCUGCUACUUUAGAUUGUGCCAUUGCAUAAAGGUGUGUACAAUGGCAAAGUCCUAUGUAAAAAAGCAUGCUAUGAUAAAAUGGCAACUGUGCAUUUCAGAGGUAGAGUGUGUACACAGCCUUAAUCUGAAAGGCAAAGCUUUGAAGCACCAGGCGCUGUCAGUUCUCCCAGUUCCAGAGCCAUCAGACCUCCUAAAAUAAUCCAUGAAUAUUCACCAACUGUGUCUAUCCAAGUCUUGGUGUUUAUUGUUUUAUUAUAACUGGUGUUGAUGUUUUACGUUAUAAAAUAGGGGGGUUGACUUAAAGAUGUGUUUCAUGUUCUUUGCCCUAGGCAUCAAGAUACUUAAUUCUGGCCCUGGCAACAGCCCAGCACUUCUUUACCUAUAGAUACCCUGUUUCCUGUUUCCUGUGUCUGCAUACAGGCUGAGUUUACAUAAGGCUGAGCUGAGGACUGUGAACCUUUAAGCAUACAAUCAUAGGUGCACUUUCCCGAUCACAGCGGGUUUUAUUUCUGAGUAAACAUUAGUCGACUUUCACUGUGAAGUGUUCAUCUUUCAGUUCAGCGGUGGGGAACCCGUAGCCCUCCAAGUUUUGCUAUAGCACAACUAAGAACUUAAUUUGUUCUGGAGGUCUGUUCUUAACCUGAAACUGUUCUUAACCUGAGGUACCACUUGAGCAAAUGGGGCCUCCCACUGUUGGUGCACCACCGCCACACAAUUUCUGUUCUCAUCCUGAAGUAAAGUUCUUAACCCGAGGUACUAUUUCUGGGUUAGCAGAGUCUGUAACCUGAAGCAUCUGUAACCCAAGGCACCACUGUACUUCAGAUGGGCUAGAACAGAACUCACAUAAACUACUUUAGAAAUCUGGUCAGGAUUUGAGAGAGAUAGGAGCAGGUUUGGGGAUCUGGUAAAUAUUCUGAAAUGCUUACUCACUGGCAACUGUUUUGGAACCUUCAUCUUGUUUUAGCUCCCUUAGCUGUGCGGGACGUGAUCCUCAGCUAUGAUGGCCCUUCUGUGUUAGUAGCCUCUUGGAGUGAAGCCCCUGGUGGGAAAGAUGGCUACCAGCUGGUUCUGUACCACAUAGACUCACAGGCACCUGUCAGGAAUGUGACUCUCCCUAAAGGGGCCACCACCUUCCGCUUUGAGAGGCUUCGAGCUGGCAGUGAAUAUGCCCUGCGAAUCACCACCCUGGCUGGAUAUUCCAAAGCAAGCACCAGUGCACGUCAAUGGACCGGUAUGGAAAGUUGCUACUCUGACCUGAGGGCGUUGUUGGAGGAUAAAAUCAACUCUGUAGAGACAGAAGCAUCUCCAGAAAUUAAUCAGAUACCUGGGUGGGGCUAUGUUAUCUCAUUGUUCCCGCAUGCUCAAGCAGUAGUGAGGGGAAAAGAAAGUAUGCAGGGGCUAAUUAGCCAUGCCUGAGAUUAGUUUAUGACACCCGUGGAGCUUAUGAGGCAUUUUAUCUAUUUAUUAUUAAGUGAUUUAUGACUUGCCUUUCAGCCCAGUACAGUCCCCAAGGCGACUUACAAUUUAGAUAGGCAAUUUAGACAACUUAGUUGUCUAUGGAGUAAGACUCACCUUCAAGCAGCCAGGCAGGACAAGAUGACAACCAGUCACUGGGAAUCACAAAUGGAGACACUGCUGUUGGUGCUCAGGUUCUGGUUGCAGGCUUCACAUGGCCACAGUGAGAACAGGAUGCUGGGCCAGAUGGGUCUUUAGCCAGCUCUGGAGGGGCUCUUAUAUCCCUGUGUUCUUAAAACUGAUCAUUUUCUCUUCCAUUAGGCCAAAGGCAGAGAAGUUGUGGUUCUUGCUGGACUACAACUCACAUCAUCACUGACUGUUGGCCAUGGUGACUGGGGCUGAUGUGAGUCCAGCAACAGUCCAGCAACAUCUGCAGGGCCACCUCUGCUUUAGGCUACCAGCGUGCCAUCAAAAAUUGGCACACAUAUGUGUGAGCAAGGCAAGCAAGUAAAAAAUGUCAGUGGCAUAGCUGCUUUCACUGACUGAUUUGUUUGCAAGGGUGCUGGAGUGUCCUCUUCUGAGGACUGGGGACUUCCAUGGAGUGGGGGCAUCUUUGAAAAGGGACCCCUCUUCUUGGAGCAGGUGGUUUCCUGUAGUGAGUGAUGACUGCCUUCAGCUUUCCUUUGUCCCAACAGCUCCUGUUGCCCCCAAGGCAUUGGCAUUCCAUAGCAACUCCAGCUCCAGUCUGACAGCCUCAUGGGCCAAAACAGAGGGAGCAGAAUGGCUCCAUCUCACUCUGCAGAACCUCCAUAUCGCAGCUGAGAGCACCACAGUGUCGCUCAGGAGAGGCCUGUCCAGUUACGUCUUCCAGCACCUGCAGCCGGGCACCCCCUAUCGCCUGGGGAUCAGCGCCGCAGCUGGGCUUUACCUGAUAGAGGGGCCCAAUGUCACAGCUUAUACAUGUGAGUAUGCAGUAGAAUACUGUUCAAGGCACUUGGAAGUCAGGUAGGCAGGCCUAAACUAGAAUGAGAGGCUACUUUGAGCCUAUGAAACAGAAUAAGGUAGGGUUACAAUAACAGGUAGUCCUUAUCCUGAGAGACCUAAAAGCUUGCUCUGCGUCUGUUUAAUAGGGAUAACUAACACACAUGAACAUGUGUAUGUUCUGGCUGUGAAAUAAAGACAGUCUUUUUGUUCUUUGUUUAUUAUUUGGUGCUUGUGUUUCCCUACUGUAAUAGAGGCUCCAUAAUUUACUUUCUGAAUACAUGAACCAGAGACAUUGUGUUUUAUGUUACCAAAGCAUAAACUUUAUGUUGCCAAUAAAGUUGAGAAUUUCCAAAAGUCAACCAGACUUUUUCCAGUCGGUGGGCGGGGGAGGGGGGGUUUCUUAGUGCAGGAGUAUCCUCCAGGUCCCAGUGACCAUUUCUAAAAGGCCAUCCCUAUAUUCCAGUUGACUAGCUUUCAUGUUUGGCGAAUCCAAGCUACCUGCAAAUCGAGCCUUUGGUUUUCUCCUCACUUGUAUUAUGCAAAGCAACUAAAUUCAUUUCCUUCCUUUGAAGUAUGGGUUUCCCUUACAUCAACUGUAGUUGCCGUCAGGGAGACUUCACAUUGUGUGUGUUUGUAAGUGUUAAUAUUGAAAAUAUUCCCCUAUUUCCCAUAGAACUCAAGAGCAGAGCAGGUACACCCCAAACAUUCCCCUUUAUUUACAUCACAUUCAGAUAUGCAUCUGAAAUAGAAGUCAAACUUCCAGUUUUGUGCUCCACUUAUCAGUGCUAGCUUGACCCUUCAAUUAUCCUAAGAGUUGAGAUGGAGAACUCUGAAUCAUGUGAGCAGCUGAGGGUUUGGAAAGCUAUCACAGUCUAUUUACUAAUUAUUCCUAAAGCACCUAAAAUGAUACGUUGGCUCUGAAUUAAGGAAGUCAUAAGCUCUAUCCACAGGUUUACAGACCACAUCACACUUUUCCAACCUGGUGCCCUCCAAACUGCAACUCACAUCAGCCCCGGCCAGCAUGAUCAAUGGUCAGGGAUGAUCAUGGCUGUAGUCCAAUACAUCAGGAGAGUACCAGGUUCGGGAAGGCUGACAACACCCUGUUUCUUGGCAAUUCAUUAUUGGUGAACACUGAUCCUUCCUUUCAUUUUUUUUUCCAGACCCCCUGAAGCCAACCAAUGUGAGCUUGGUCAACAGUGGCAAAAAUAACACUUUGAAAGCAACAUGGAACUCACCAGCUGGAGGAAGAGAAUUCUAUCUGGUGGUUCUGCAGGAAGGGGAGAGCAGGACACCUGUCAGAAAUGUAUCGGUGGCAAGGAACAGCACACAGGUCACCUUCCAAAGUCUGAGCCCUGGGAAAAGCUACAUUGCCUUAGUGACCGCUGUUGCUGGACCCCAUAAAGCAUCUACAAAGAGCAUCUCUGCCUGGACAUGUAAGCAGGGGUUGAAGGUCAGAUCCUGCCAGGAGGCAGUGGCUCCUAUAGAAAUGCUCUGCUACUUGUUUUGGGUAGGAGGGUAUUUCAGUUACCUGACUGAAGGGAAUUCUGGUAAGGUGAGGACACACAGGGAAGAGUUCAAGAUAGCUUUAAGGAGAUCACUCUGUCAGUGCAAGCAUUUCUACUUGCUGGAUGGAAUUAUCUCCCCACUCCUUUCUUCUCCCACACCAUUCUGGGGCUUCUCCCAACCUCCAACCCCUCAGGCAAUUGGAGAUGAGGGCACAGAGGGAGGAGAGGGUGGGGAAGAACCCAUUGCGCUAGUGGGGACCCAUUAGUUGACUCCCUCUGUGUUGAGGGUUGUAUUUUCCCUCUGUAUUCUGAGUUGACUUGAAGAGGAGACCAUUCUGAUAAUUAUGUCCAUCUUCUACUCUGGAAGCUGGAAUGGGAGAAACAUCACAAUGAGUCUUCUGGGAAAGGGUUGGUUUUUUUGGUCACCCUUUCGUUCUACACUCCCAAAUAGGUGCUCCCCAAUUCGUAUCAACCCAGACCUUUCAUAGAAGGCCCUGUGCAUAAUUUUGUGUCUGUCUUUCCCCCUUCCAGAUCCCACAGCUCCGCCAGGUGGGAGCUUGUCGAGUCAAGGCAGUGCCCACAUGCUCCGUGCUCACUGGCAAGAGACGCCUGGGACUGGCUACGUGGCAGCAUUGUACACCACGGAACCCCACAUGCUGGUGCAAAACAAAUCCGUGCCUAAGAGUCAUAACAGUCUGCGCUACGAAGGGUUAAUACCAGGCACUCGCUAUUCCUGGGAGAUUUGUACCAUUGCUGGGCCCUACAUCUCCCCACCCCUUGUCCUUAGCAACUGGACGCGUAAGUGCCAUGGGAAGUCCAAUAGGCUGUCAUGCACAUGGCUACCAGGUCCAGGCCUUGAGAGUUUCCUUGGGUAAUUGAAGGGGAAAAGGAGCUGCCACUGAAGUGGGAAAGGGGUCUGGUUGGGUGCAAGAGAGACAGGUGGGCCCUGUCAAAGUUCAGUCACCCCCAAGGCCCUGGAGCUUAGUGAGGAGGUGAUUUUAGAGCAGAAAGGCUCGCGAUCUCUUUCAGAACUGGUGGCACUGGACUGGCAUUUCACACUUUUGCCUUUAUCGUCACCACCAUUUCAUUUGUGUGCUGCCUUUCCACUUAUGCUCAAAGUAGCUGACAGCAAUACACCACAAAAUCAACAAGGACUAUUUCACAAUAAUGAUACAGCAGCAUGUAACAACAUCACAAGAAAACAACAUUUCAGUACUGUGAAUGUAGGCACCUCCUGGUGGAAGCAAAAGUAAUGAGGGAGUCUGAGCAGUUUCACCUUAGUCCUAGCCGCUGCUGCUAUGUCCUCAACAAAUUAGCAAAUAAUAAAGUCCAUCUGAUCAAAUCGCAAAGCCUCAGCUUCCCCAAAGGACCACUGCCCCUUUGGUGUCAUUAUUUGGGCAGCGUUAAGGCUUCCAAAGGCAAAGGGGUGAAGAAGCUGGAGACAAACCUCAGAAAUGCCUGAAAUUGGUCUGAUCUCCUCCUUUCAGAUCCUUUGCCUCCGGAGCAUCUGAGCCUCAGUAAUGGCGGUCACAGCACCAGGUCACUACGGGCUUCUUGGCAGAGUCCCUCUGGGGUCAGAGGCAAUUAUGCAGGGACUCUCUUGGAAACUAAAUCCCAGCUGGUGGUGGAAAAUGUAACAGCGGCGAAGGGUGGGACCAAUGUCACCUUUGAUGGGCUGAUCCCAGGGCGUCAGUAUACUCUGAAGAUGAUGGGAGUGGCUGGACCAUAUCCUUCCAUCAUUCAAACAGCCAGUGACUGGACAUGUGAGUAUGCCAUUUUCUGGAGAAGUAGUUGAGGGUUGUUGCAGCAAGUUCUGUCCCUAGUUGAUUUCCACUGAGUCUCCAUAUUUACCCACAAACAGGAGAGACAAGAUGUAUCCCAUCUGAAGGAAUAGUAGAGGCAGGAAGACAGGGAAGAGGCUGGUAGGGAUAUUAUGAGGCCUAGUUUGGCCUUUGCUGACAGAGGAGUUUAUCCUGAUUCAGAAUUGCAGUGUGUGAAAUUUUCACCAGCGUUUCAGACUUUUGAAUUCAGACCUUUGACCUUUCAGUUUCAAAACAUUUUCAAACUUUUCUUUUAAAAUCUUAAAUCUUGUUGAUGAAUUUAACGCAAGAAACAAACUGGUGAAGUAAACAAUUUUAUACUUUUGCCGCCCAAAGCAACAAUAACACUGGGCAACAAUUUUUUACUUUUUGAAUGUUGUCUAGAUUUCUACAACUGAUUUAGGGUAUUUUUGCACUGCUGAAUCAGGAAAUGGCAUCCGUUUCUCUCCAUCAGGUCAGGUUUACUGUAAACUGAAUGGUGGGCAUUGAUAAAGGUAAGUACAUGUAAAUUGCAUGUUGUUGCACUAUUUUUCAAACUUCAGGGCUUGAACUUCCGUUUUUUGGAACUCCUGGAAUGCUCAGCGGCAGGGAGGUCUCUCUUCAGAGUCCAACAGUAGUCAGCCAUCAUGACUGCGUCCCAGCGACCCUGAUACCUGGUCUCCAUCUCUUUCAUGUCCUGAUGGAAUCUCUCUCCCCUGCUCAUCACUCAUUGAACCCAGGUUCUCAGGAAACCGGUCCAUAUGUGAAAAUAGGUAGUGCAUCUUGACGCUCAUGUUGCAGCCCAGGUUUCUGAAAGCAGUCAGCAUGUUGUUGACAAGUUCUGCGUAGUUUCUGGCCUUAUUGUUGCCAAGAAAGUUCUUCACUACCAGAACAAAUGCCUUCCACGCUUCCAGUUCCACUUCGUUCAUUGACUUUCCGAACUCUGGAUCUCUGAUGAGCUGACGGAUCUGAGGACCGUCAAAGAUGCCAGUUUUCAACUUCUCCAUGGUCAAUCCUGGAAAAGCCUGGCACAAGUAAGUGAAGCAGUCACCAUCCUUGUCCAGAGCCUUGGUGAACUGCUUGAUUAAGCCGAGCUUGAUGUGCAGCAGUGAGAAGAGUAUUCUGUCUCUGUCUACCAGAGGGUCGUUGAUGACGUUCCUUUCUUUGCAAGGCAUCAAUUCCUCCCGCACAGGCCAGUCCUUCUUCGUGUAAUGCUGAGCACGGUCCCUACUAUCCCACAUGCACAGAAAACAUGGGUACUUGGUGAAGCCAGACUGUUGUCCCAACAAAAAAGUUCACCAUCUUCAGGUCAACACAAAUAAACCACUUAUGCUGAUCAUAACCAAUUUUCUCCAGCACAUACUUCACCGCUUCAUAGUUCUCCUUCAGUGUAGUCGAGUGAGCCAGGGGUAUAGAGGCAAACUGGUUGCCGUUGUGUAGCAGAACACAUUUCAGUGAUCGCUUGCUGCUGUCAAUGAACAGUCUCCAAUCUUUGGGUUCGUACUGUGGCACUCCAAGCUUGAGCAGAAGCUGCGCAAUAUCUGCACAGUACACCAAGUCCUUCUCUUCCGAGAAAAAACGGAGGUACUCUUGAUGCCUGUUGCGGAAGAAACUGAUGCAAGUACUGUCAGAGAGGAGGAUUUUUCCUUCAGUCUGGAUGCCAACAGUUCGGCAGAGUCCUUUGACAAGCUGAGGUCACGAACUAGAUCAUUCAACUCCUUUUGGAAAAUGGAUGUGGAGCAUCAUCUUCAAGAACCACUUCUUCUUCUUCAUGUCCUUCAACACUGGAGGCAUCUUCGUCACUAAUGUCAGGAAGUUCUCCGAAGAUAGGCACUGGAAUUUCAUCACAAUGAGCUACAGGACGACGUGCUGAUUGAAGAUCAGGAUACUUCGUGGGGUGGCUGCCCCAUUAACUUAGUUUUGAUCCCCCAACUGUAUGCUUUGCCGCACCAAUUUAUGGAAGAUUUCGAGGUUUUAUGACUUCAAACUGAUCCCUUUUCGACAUAAUCACCCAGAACUAUCGGACCUGAAUACUUUUUGUCAUUAAAAUAAUCAUUUCCAAUCAAAACAAUUAUUCGACAUGGCAUUUUACCUCCACCAACUUCUUCUAAAAUGCUCCACACAAGCGUACAUGUGAACAAAAAUGUAAAAAAACGACAUGUGGCCAUAGCUCAAAAACUUGACCUGAUUGAGCAAAACCAAUGUGAUUUUUGGAUUCAGCGCAUCAGAUUUGUCCUAAAUCAACUGAAAAAACACAGACAACAAAUUUGUUGUUGACCAGUGUAAUAAAAACACAAACCCAAGUUCCAAAUCCAAAACUAUGCAUAACUGGUAAAUGUUAAAAAAAAGAGAAAAGAAAUGGAGCAAGGUUUCAUUUGGUUUGUUAGGGGUUUUUUCCUUCUCCAAAUUAGGAGAAUUUGCAUGUGUAUCCCCUUCCAACCAUUGCCAAGGUUUCUGAUUUCCUCCUCACACCUGAGCAAAACAUAAAUGUUGUUUGGACCGUACAAGAUGUAUUACUAGUUCUUGGAGCCCAGCAUCCUCACUCUCCCUGUAUGAAUCAUAUGGACUUUUCCUAUCUGCAUAUAUCUGACAGCCAUGAGUAUGAAGUGCCUUUAGGCUGCACAUCCCAUUUUCCCCCAGUGGAUAAAUAUUAUAAACCUGUGUAUAUGAAAAGGUAAAUUCAUAAGCAUCUAGCCCCAAAGGGAAGUUACCCGUAACAUAACCAAUUGGGACCGUUUGUGGAUUGAAGCCAGGGUGGGUGGGCAGAGCAGAGUGUCUGAAACUGGACUUGGAGGGUAGCAAUCUCCUUACUAAUAUGAGUUUUUCAGGAGAAAUUAAAGCUUGCUGGUAUUUUGUUCCCACAACUGCACCCCAGGUUUUUAGGUCUCAUGCACAUGUUAAAUAAAUAACAAAUAGCAGCCAUUUUCCAACACCCAAGAACACCUGCCCUUGUGGAGAACAUCUGCAUUGGCUUCUGUAUCUCACCUCUCUUUCCUCCCCAUUUCCUCCCUGAAUGUAAUUAGAUCUAAUGGCUAAUGAGUCAUCUCAGGCUGUGUCUUUUAAGAGGGCAGGGGGAACGGAAUUAGGCCCAGUGCUGAAAUAAGAGUCUGCCAGUCCAAUGGGACUCUGUAGAAUUAGGGAAGGGGAUGCGGUCUUGUUCUUUGCAUCAGAAAGCAAAAUGUCUUGGCCUGGCAUUUCUGUAUGGUGCUGACCAGCCACUGAGAAAUCUAUUUCUUUUCAGACCCUUUGCCUCCUUCAAGGGUGACACUGGCCAGUAGCAGAUGGUCCCCCAGUCUUGUUGCCACUUGGGACCUGCCUCCAGGUGACAGAGACCAGCUCUUUUUGCGAUUCUACAGCCAGGAGCAUCCUCUGCAGAGGAACAUCACAAUUGGGCCAGGCAUGCGGAAUUUCACUUUUGAGGGCCUUCUUCCUGGCAGCCAAUAUUUCUUGGAGGUUAUAGCACUGGCAGGAAUAUACCGGGCUUCAGCACAGGUGGUCUCUGCAUGGACAUGUGAGUAUGCAAAAGAAUUUCUGAACAGUGUGAGACCUCAAAAUAGUGAGACUUUCUUAAGCUUCCAUCAUUUGUGCAAUCUAACAUCUCAGCCUCUUGUUAACCCCAAAAAUAGCAGACGCUCCAAGUGUCCCUAUUUUCCAGGGACGUCCCUGAUUUAGAGAAGGUGCCUCAUUUUCUGACUUGAUCCGAGAAUAUCCCACUUUCCCUUAGGAUGCCCCUAUUUUCAUUGAAGAAAUAUUGGACAGUAUGGAGUUAUCCAACCCCCAAGCUGUCUGAAGGCAAUCCUGUAUAGGGAAAUUUUUUUGAAAAAGCAUUUAAUGUUUUUAUAUAUGUUGGAAGCUGCCCAGAGUGCUGGGGCAACCCACUAAGAUGUGUGGGGUAUAAAUAGUAAAAUUAUCAUUAUGGAAUGGGACGUCCCUAUUUCCAUCAGAGAAAUGUUGGAGGGUAUGGAAUAGGUCGAGUAACGUAGCAUUGGAACAAAAUUAUUUGAGUGUUAAUAACGCACUGCCGGUUAAACCACAGAAUGUGUAAAUCUAGGAAUUUAGCAAGCAGGUGGCAAAAGCCUCUAGUGUUGGUGUGAUGCAACCCAAGAUGCCACAGUGAUACAUGUCACAUUAAAGCUAACACAAAAUGCCUCUGUGAAAGCAGCUAUGUGCCUGCUUCCUUAUGCCACCAUGAUGUCCCUCCCACACACCAUUUUUGUUGCAACCACAGAUCCUCUGUCUCUGGCUAACGUCAGUGUGAAAAGCAGCCAGAGCCCCCAGCAGCUGACUGUGAGCUGGAUGGAAUCAGGAAGAGGACGAGAGUACUGGGUGCAGCUCUACUCGGGUGAAUCUCUCUCCAUUAUCCGGAAUGUUUCAGUGCCACAUGGAACUACCCAGGUGACCCUCGAUAGCCUGGUGCCAGGGACUCAGUACCGGGUUGAGAUUGUCUCCAGAGCUGGACCACACCACAUUUCCUCACAAACAGCCAUUGGCUACACAGGUACAAUGUUGCCCCCUUCUGUCUUUUCUCCCAGACCAAACAUUCUAGUUAAGUUCGCACUCAACACUAAGCCUAAUGCGUUUGUUGACAUUCAUACACAGACUUUAUGCUUACUGUGGUUUACAGUCUAAAAUAUUGACUUGCAAUCUGAAAUAUCAUAACGCAGAAGGGAACAUGGGGAGGGGAGGGAAGCAAAGUGUUGUAUCUAUCUAAGACAGAAUAGGUCCGCUUAAAUCAAUGGACGUAAGUUAGCCAAUAUUGAUUUCGGUGGGUCUGACGUAUUAGAUACAACCCCCAACUUUUCCUUAGUAUAACUUAAUGACCUGGUGGAAUGGCCACUGACUAAGGCAAAUUGCAGUGGGAGGAGCAAAUGGGCUUUGGCUCCAGCUAAGCCUCUUGCCUCGUUAGAGUCUUGUUGACUCUUGUUCUUAUUUCAUGAUUACUUUUUACUCUGACAUUUUGUGGUACUCGCUGAUGACUCGGGUUCUUGCCUUGCCUGUGGGGUUGUUCAGAACUUACUUGUUGCUGUUUCUCUCCUGUAUUUGUUGUAUGGCUUGUGUGUCAUAUCUCAAAGGACUUAGAAACUUUAGAAAAGUUGCCAGGGGUUACACAACAUAGAAAUCAACAAGACGGCUGUCCCCUCAGGCAUGGCUGUCUUCUCUGUCAACAGUUCUUUCCUGAAACCCUUUGUGGUUCUCCUUCUAGUGCCCUUGAUGCCACUUGCCGUGACGGUGACCAGCCACGGCUCCUCAGUGUUGACAGUGCAGUGGAAGGCCCCAGCUGGACAGAGAGAUAGCUACAUGGUCUCCGUGUCUGAAGAGGACUCCACAGCUAUCAGAAGCCACACGGCUGUCGAGAAAGCCAGCACUAACCUCACCAUAGAAGGGCUAAGCCCAGGCAUAUGCUACCUCGUUGCAGUGUGGUCACUGGCUGGACCGUACAGCUCCACGUCUCGGAACAGCACAGCCUGCACAGGUGAGUCGGGUGGUCAAUCCAGUGGGAAGAGAGGGUGUUACAUCUCGGAUGGAGGAAGAUCUGUGAGAAAUAAUUGAGCCCAUGCAGCUGAUGAUAGCGAACAGUGCUUUGGAGUUACAUCUGAAUGAAUUCUGAUGCAAAAGACUUGAGCAGGUUUGGAUGGUGGUGCAGCUCUUCCCUGCAGCACGAGCUAGGCACUAGAUCUGCAGUAACUGUCAGAUAUCUUCAUACUCUGCUUUCGUGUAGCCGUUGCAUAGACUGAUCUUCUCUUUAGCACUGGGCUUGUGAUUAGCAGAAGAUGACUACUGCUCCAGCUGUAUCACUGUGAAAUAUGUGGGGUGUUGCUGUGCCAUGGGAAUCAACGGCCCUUUGUGUCUGAAUGUACCCUCUUCUUCUUUUUCCCCGGAAGCCCCUGCUGCUCCUGUGAACCUGACCCUGAGUAACGUUGGCAACUCUUCUGUGCUACACACAGCCUGGGGAGAGCCUCCAGGAGGAAGAGACCACUACCGGAUGGUCCUGUAUAGCCUAGUGCCUCCAGGCAUGGAAAGAGUUCGGGUUGUGCAGCCAAGCACCCAGGACUUCCUCUGGACGGGUUUGCCAUCAGGAAGCCAGUUUGCUGUGCAGGUCAUCACAGUGAAAGGCCAAGCUGAGGCCCCUUCGACCAUUGCUGUUGAGUGGACAUGUGAGUCUGACAGGCUAAGUCCCACCCCAAGGUUGAGGAAUGCACCUGUUACCAUCUGACAUGCAGCUUCCUUGUACAGUUCUAGGCCUAGAACCUCUUUCCUCUUCUUCAGUGGCCCAUUUCAUCUCUUCUCUCCUGGGUCUAGAGCCGAACUGAAAUUUCUCAGAAGACCUUUCUUUCCCUGAGAAAAUUUCUGAGAUUUUUCUUGUUCUUGCCUCCCUAGAAAAAGACCACUUUUUGCAAAUUUUUAUUCAGAUAUGCUCCACCAAUAUAUAUGGAUUGGAUACUGACAAGGCUUCCAGCUCAGUUACUGCUAUUGAUAUUUGCAGUAGCAGCAGCAAAAAGAAACAAAAACCUCUGAAGAAAAAGAGGCUAUGCUACUCCCUCUGCAAAUGGUGAGCCUCACAUCUGAGAAAGUGUUGGAGAAUUUCUACUUGGAGGAAUUUGGUGGACUACACCCCAAAAUUUCUUUGCACUUAUAAGAUGGAUAAUUUUGAAAUACCAUUUGCACUCGGCUCGGCUCAUCCCUGACCCUUUCAUUCACUCUGUUUAAUUACCCACUGUCCUACCCCGUUACUGAAUUCCACAUGAUAAAAUGGAAGGAUUUCCCCUCAUGUUGAGGUAUUACUAGCCUGGACCAUCUUGCCUCAUUAGAGGGAAGGAAAUGUGAGAAGUUUGGGGAAGUGGAAAGGCUUGUUCUUCUCUAGAUGUGUGGCUCACAUGGGGGCAGAUAUGCAGGCAGUCACUGACUCACACAGGCCACAAUCAUACACACAGUAUAUAACACCUAUCCUUUAUGCAGACAUCUUCCCAGCGUGUGACCAAUUGCAUGCACAGAGAUUUCUCCAGAAGAUCCAAAAUGGCGGCAGGGAUGAGACAUAAAACUCUCUGAUCUAUGUUAUAUAGAAAGGUGGACUGAACCAGGUGCUUCAAAGUUUUUUGGCCCUUAAGUUGGUUUAAAAAAUGCCUUGAGAAAGGUUGAGUUGGACUUGGACCAAUCUUGAAUUCUCUCUUUCAGCCUGAGCUAUUAUUGAUAGUUUAGUCCUGCCUGCAUGCUAUGCCAUGUAGAUCCCAUUGGAUAAUUAUGAUAGUUCCAUAUAUUGCAGCUACAAUAAGCAGCCUCUUCCUUCAGUCACUGCCCUUUAUUUUCUCAUGCAAGUUCUUACUAUUUCACAGCUCCUCUACCUGCUACCUCUGUGCAAAUCAGGAAUGAAAGGCACCCACACCGGCUGAGUGUGGCUUGGACACCAGCCUCUGGUAGACUGGAUGGCUACGAGUUGAACUUGUAUCGCUCAGGAUCUGGUACCACAGCAGCACAAACAUCUCUGGGGACAGAUGCCACCAAUUUCACCUUCUCAGGUCUGACACCAGGAGCCAAAUACUUCUUUGAGAUCAUCUCAAAGGCAGGACCCUAUAGGACUUCAGCAGGGAAUGUCAGUGACUGGACAAGUGAGUAGCACAGGCUGACAUCUGCCAUUUUAAUCUGAAUGUCAAUUUCUCUGUGGGAGGGAAACAGUCAGCAAAACAACCUUUCAGUUCAUUCCAAGCAGAGUGUUGCAGCCUGCUGUGAAAGAAAGCAGCACUGUGGCAUUUAUGAGACAAAACAAUGAGGCUGUAUGGCUGCUCUUAUUGCCCAGGAAAUAAUCCUAUCAUUGCCUCUGCACCUCAGGAUGAAGACAUAGGAAACCAGAAAUGGGAUUAACUGGGUCCACCCAUUUUAUUCACUUGAACAACUCUGAUCCGCAAUUUCAUUUAAAACAGCCCCACCUUCCCAGGGCAGGCCAGCAUCAGAUCAGUUCCUACACUAAUUUUGCCCUUCACAGCCUGCACACUUCAAUAGCAUUCCCAAGAGGUCUGUUCAGCACUGGCAGCCUUGAGCCAGGACACAAUGGAGUCAAAGAGGCCAUCAGAGUCCAAGGGUUAGCAAAGUUUGCCAGGGCCCACUUCAAGGAGUUAGUUUGGAUGAGUCUCUCUUCACCACUCUGAAGGGAGCCUGUGGGUGCUCACCUCAACCUUCCUCAACCUGAUUCCCUCCAGAUGUUUCAGCCUCAGCCAGCAUGGUCGAUGGAGUUGUAAUCAAAAACAUUGGAGGGACCAGGCUGGGGAAGGAUGUUUUUUGUUUUCCUUCUUCCUGUAAUCCUACACAAAGUCUCCCAGAUAUGACUUAGGAAUCUGUUGACUUUUAAUACAGCAAACCCAUUAAUACCCAACAGAGAAGAAGUGGAGGGGGACAUUUUCAUGGCUGAUCCAGGGUGCUUUUCUCUUCUGGUAUUGCCUUCUUCUUAGGUCCUCUGCCUCCUCACACGGUGCAUCUGUCAAACAAAGGGCAGACUGACAAGCUGAGUGCUUCCUGGGGACGCAGCGCAGGAAACCAAGAUGGCUAUGUACUAACACUCUAUUACGCUGGAUCAGGCACUGUGGCAUCCAAGACUUCUGUCAUGAAGGAUGCUACUAAUUUCACCUUCGUUGGCCUGAAUCCAGGAAGUAAAUAUUUGCUAGAAGUUGCUGCUGUGGCAGGGCCUUACCAGAUAGCAGCAGAAAAUGUCAGUGACUGGACAUGUGAGUAUCCUAAUGCACUUCUGCGGGUUUGUUCACACUGGAGCAAAAUGUGGAUUUGAACCACGUUGACUCCCCAUUAAUAUAGGGGUGUCCAUAUGAUGACCUCCCCAUCCCAGCAUGGAUCUUUCCACCUUUAAAUGUGGGGUUUUCCCAUCCUUGGAAACAGUCCAAAACAACCAAGACAAAAAGAAACCCCACAUUUGAAGCGGGAAAUGAAAACACCCAUUGUCUAGCCUCUGGGUAUGCAUUUAAGCCUUUUAUGCUGAUUGCUGCCCCAUAGAAAACAAUCCAGGUAUCAGGAAUUUUAGUGUACUUUUGACUGGGGAGUAAUGUGUCUAACUCAAAAUAAAAUAGGAAUUCAUUAUUUUUCUGACUCAGGCCUUACUCCAUACAAAAAAAGAUGGCUUGUUCUGUGUCUGUAAACAUUUUUUAAAAUUACUCUGCUAAUGCUAAUGCAGAUAAAGUCCUUCAUUAUUUUAUCCAUCCCACAGAGGGUGGGGCUGUGGUUUAGGGAGCAUGGGUUACACCAGGCUGGUAAAAUUAGCCAGUGUUCUGAUACCCAUUUUGCUAGAUGGGGAGAGUUGGGAAUCAGAGCCAGUGUAUGACAAGAGAAUCUUUCUCAGCCUUACCUAGGAAUGGCAAGCAUUGAACCUGGGAACGUCUGCAUGCAAAGCAAAUGAUCUAUCACUGCACAAUUGCCCUUCCAUUUUGCAUUCAUAAGGCUCCGUAUUCAAUUCCUAACAUCUCAGUAGAGGUGCUAAUCUCAGCAGAGAGCCUCUUCCAGUCCAGGACAAUACCACAAGCACCACUGCUCUGACUACUGAAUGUCAAUGGUGGCUCCUCUAGACCAACUCUCUCCCUGUUUGUUCCCCCCAAUCCCAAAGCAGACGGCUCUGUAGUUUUAGUGUCUAACUCACCCUCUCUUGCAUUGUUUUUACACCACAGAUCCUUGGGUUCCUCGGAAACUCUCCAUAAAGGCAGAGAAGGGAAACCCAGCACUGUCUGUGUUCUGGACAAAGCCCCUCAGCAAGCCAGAGCGCUGCCAGCUGCAGCUGUGGCAUCCAGGCAACAGCACCAUGCUACAGCACCAUGCCUUGACCCAGUGGCAGGUCCAACAUGUUUUCCAGAGACUGGUCCCAGGGAGAAAUUACUCCAUAUCCCUCAACUGCAUCGCUGGACCAUAUACGAGCAGCUCUGAGACCGCAGUGAUGCCAAUAGGUAGGUAUGCACUUGUCCUAGGACAAGAGAAUGUGGCAAGAACUUGCAGGACUUUUAUUUUCUUUUUAUUGCAUUGGCAGUGGCAAAGUCUUGAAGACUGUGUAAAUGUGCCACCUUCUAAUUUUCUCUGGAUAAAGUCUCACUGGUAUAGAAGGAGCCUCAGAGGCAAUGCAAUGCAACCAAACACAUUUAUAUUAUCCAUUGGUGAGAUUGCUCACUGCUUUCCCUUUAGUAUAAAGGCUUUCGUCAACAUACUCUUGGCUCUAUCAUUCCCUGAGGGGUUCUGGUGAAUCUUUCAUUCCUCCAGGAGAAAAUCCAGAACUCUUUUCAUCAUAGGGCACUCUCAUGCAUCAAGCUUUGUGCUUGUCUGUCCCUUUUUAGUUACAGAAAUCUUCACAAUUUUGUUCCUUUUUUCAUGGAGUUAACUUCACUCUUCUUAUCAGUUAGGUAAAUUUCCCCACUUGUUUUAUGGGUUUGGUAGUGUCCUACUGCCUUUAGCCUUCAAAGUCUGUUGCUCUUGGUCAUUUGUUAAAUUUUGCUCUGCACCCGUCCCCUAUAUAGCAGUGGGGGAAGACAGAGCAUGUGCAUGCCUCACACCAGCUCUAUAACAAUUUGACAGAUGUUUUAAUAUCAUACAGAAUGGGCUGAGAAAUAUGAUGAUAACAAAACAACAGCACCACUGAUUUUUCAUUUAUAAAAGCCCCAAUAUUCAAUCAUUCCUCUUCUUUAAGUAUCAGCAGCAUUGUAUGUUUCCUGUUGUUAGUGUCCUGAGGAACUCUCACCUAUGUACUCCCCAGUGAAGACACAGAAGCAAUUUGCUUCUAUUCCCAAGAACAGUUGGGACCAAAAGAAGGAGAUGUGAAAGGAGAACGAGAAACACUUACAAACCCCCCAAAUAUAUAUGUCUCCAUGCAACAAACCUAUAAAUUAUACUGCCCCAUAGAAUUUAUGAAUAUCUUGCUUAUCUGAGACAAACUGUUCAGGAUCUAGGAUUCCAUCCUUCCCAACUAGGCCUCACCUUCUGUCCUAGGCCUGAUCACCACAGCAACAACUGUGGGAUGAAGAAGAACUACUCCCUUCUGUAACUCAAGGACCAUAUCCUAAGGUGGUAUAGGAGAAUCUGUUGCAACCAUUAGGCACCCUACAAUGCAUCAGUGUGUUUUGAUGUGCUGAGGGCAGUGCCCCCCAGAAAACACACCCACAGCCUCUACAGCCCACCCCAUGCUAUGCUGGAUGUGUGCUCGUCACAGAGACAGCCAAGCUGUGCCUCCUCAAGUUUUUUGUGUUUUGUCUCUCCAGAGCCCACACAAGUGAAGGACCCACAGUGUCUGCCUGACAGCACAAGUAUAUUUCUGAACUGGACCAUCCCUGAGGGUGAUAUCGAGUCUUACAAGCUGACAACGAAGUUUCCCCAAGGAAGCCAGCAGCAGCCUGUGCUUCCUUUGGCUGUUUCAAGGGCUGACGUCACUCUGACAGAACUUUCCUCAAACACGUCCUAUCAAAUCAGCGUUAGUGCUGUGGGCAGAAAUGGCAUCUCGGGCCCAGCCGUGACACUGCUCUGCAAUACAUCUGUGGAAGGUACGUGUCUUCCAGGCUCUCCGUUGCCACAGGUUGAAAGUGUCAUAACUUGAGCAAUGGCUUUGGAUACAGAAGGUCGCAGGCAGUGGCAGCUGGUAGAUCCUGGGUGCGGUAGGUCAACUAGGUGAGGCUUAAGAGGUUACACAGACAGGAUAGGGGAGCAGUUAAGAGAUGUGAAACACUGAACAUUUGAAAUAUGUUAUUUAAAUUUUUUAUUUAUAUGUACACCUGCUGGUGACACCCUAAUACCUCUUCCUUUCUGGCUUUCCAAAGCAGUUCUUCCGCCUCCUGUGCGAAUGGACACCCCCCAGUUUGAUGCCAGUUCUAGAGUCAUCAUCUCCCCUGAUAUGUUCAGCGAGGAAAAUGGCCUCAUAGAGUAUUAUGGAGUUGUUGCCACCACUAAUGAGUCUUGUAAGUAUCUGCAACCACCAUGGGCCAUCCUUGUGAGGGGAUUCAUGAUGCCCCCCAUGAUCAUAACGUUGUAGUGCUUCUCUCUCUGUAUCUGCAGUGUUGAGGCCCACCCAAGACAUCAUCUCCCGCACAUGGUAUGACCACUAUUACGGGCAGGAAGACUCUUACUUGGCUCUGUUGGUGCCAAACCCAUUUCGUUUCAAUGACAGCACCAGUCCCAAGGCCUGGCCAGUGACAGUGGGUGCAGACGAAUGCAGCCGCUCUCGAAAGACCUGCAAUGGAAAGCUGAAAAAAGAUUCACAGUACAGGUAAGAGCAUAAGAAAGUGCCAAAACGGAACACUAAAGGCCUAUCUGUUCCAGCACAAAGCCAUGUUCCUUGGUUCACUUGGGAAGCUCACAAGCAGGCAUGACGGAAGUGUUCCAUCACCAGAUCCACAAGGAUCUGCUAAUCAAAACUAUACUGCAGCCUUCUCGCUACUCUUGACCAUUGGCCAUGCUGGCUGGGGUGGAUGGGAGCUGUGGUCCAAUAACAUCUGGAGGACAUUCUGUUGCAGAAGGCUGGUAGACUGUUUCUGCACAUGGAGGUGUGAAAUUAGGCAAGCUUAACUUGGAACAAGCUAAGCUCAUUCUUAAGUCUUAUGAAUCAUUGCAUAGUUGUUUCAGCUCAGCUCUGAAAGUGCUAUAGGAAUAAAAUUUACCACUCAGGAAAAUGAAUAGAAUAGAAUAGAAUAGAGGCUGAUGCAGCCUUGAGUCAUCCUUUAUGUCUCAGCGUAAUGCACCUAGUGGAGUCAUUGGAAAAAUAAGGGGCAGGAAGAGAACCAUUUACACUGCUGAACUAUUUGGAGGAAAGGUGAGGUAUAAAUGUAAUGAAUAAAUGAAUAAAAUUCUCCAUUUUGAUCUGUUAUAGGUUCAGCAUUGCUGCCUUCACCAGAUAUAGUCAACAGGCUCCUAAAGUGUCAUUCACAGCAUUCUCAGGUGAAACAUGUCUCUUCAUCUGGUUGCAUUCUGGAUUAAUUAAGCCUCUAGUCUCUUAGCCAAUCUCACUAGGUCCUUUUUGGCACUUCCUGUGUAUCUUUCAAAAUGAUGAACAGUACAAUCCUACACAUGUCUAUUCAGAAGUGUACAGGAGUGCAGCCUCCUUCACAAUCGUAUUAAUAUGUUAAUCUUGAUGCUUCCUAAACAGUGAAGUGGUGGGUGGCAGGAAUUCCUGGUGAGUGCCAUAUGUGUGAUAGAUCUCCAUGUAAGGGAUAUUCUCAUGGCUGCCUAAACCUCUGGUAGAAAGGGAGGAGUCUCAUAUAAACUGUACCUUUCACUGUCUUUGUGUUCAGCGGCAGACACCUCAGCAGCCUCUGCUGCUUUAUCUGCCCCAGUUGUGGCUGGGAUCAUUAUGGGAUUCCUCGUGACAGUCACAGCAAUUGCGGGCUGGGUCUACUGGAAACAUCUGAGAGCAAGGAGGUGAGGACAAUUGCAGGGGUUGCUGCUUCAGAAGGAAUGAUACAAUGCAGGAUUUAAUUAUUUAGAGUUUGCCUGGAAAUUAGCUGGCAAACCUUGAGUAAAUCUAGGGUGCUUCCAGAAAAGUACAUUCUUGCAUUUUUUGGUCAUCACUUUCCUGUUUUUUGUUGCAUGUGGAAUUCACUAAUCCUGGCUUCCUCAACCUCAGCCCUCCAGAUGUUUUGAGACUACAAUUCCCAUCAUCCCUGACCACUGGUCCUGCUAGCUAGGGAUCAUGGGAGUUGUAGGCCAAAAACAUCUGGAGGGCCGAGGUUGAGAAAGCCUGUGUGACUAAUCCUUCCAAAUCACAAAGGGUAUUGCAUUCCUUUCCUUUCAUGGCUUUUGUUUUUGCUACCAUGCCACCACUUCCCAUCUACAUCAAUGAGCAUGAUGGGAUAUAGCUGGAUUUGUCUUACCUCUCCCACCCAUAUUCCCUCCCACUGAAAAUUGCUUUCUUUUUGAGCACAAAAUGGCCCUAGAUAGACUCUCUGAAUGUUUCUAAAAUACACACAUUCACCCACAGGUGAGAAACUAUGGGCAGGUUUCAGCUAACAAUUCCCACUAGAAGAAGCACAUGCAAAGACUUCCACCAUCCUUGGCACCCCCCUAUUGAUGGGGGGGGCAGGGGAACCCCCAAGGCAGUGCACAAGGCAAGGAAAGGUGUGGGGAUCAUUCCAUCUGGCAGUGACAGAAUAAUCAGCAUCGUGUGACAUUGAAAAUACCCCCUGUACCCCAAGCAUACUCAUGUUUCCUCAACAUAUAUAAGUUUGGGAACACAUAUAGUUCUCCCCUUAGGUGGAAGAGUCAGCAGUAAAGAAGAUGCUUGUCUCCCUACUAGGAAUUAACCACCUACAUGUAUGUGCCUUGCUUUCAGAAUGAAAAAGGGUAACAUCCCCCAAGAAAUGGCCACAUACAGCCCAAGGUGAGUGAAGCUUACUCUCGUGUCUCCCCUGCUCACUUAGUGUCAUCUUCUGUCACAGCAUAGGCAACAAGCCAGACUUUGGGGCAGGAGGAGUUGUGGGUCUGGCCAUUCCAGUCUAUCCUGGCAAGGAGGUGCUGUGGCACCAACUCUCCCUCUAAGGGCUCAUCACAUGGGAUUUCAGCUUGCUCUAGGCUGAGUUGGUUUUACUUCUAUGUUAGUCCCAGAAAAUGAGGCACAACAUUUAAAUAAACAACUUCCUUCCCACCUCUUGUCCUCCAAGGGGAUUCCUGUAGGGAUGGGUAAAUCUUCUACAAAAGUUUUGGUUUUUUUUUAUGUAAUAUACCGUAAUGCAUUUGGGUAUGCUAUUUUCAGUAAUAUAUGAAUCUAUAUGCACAAUUUCCCCUGGCAUGUGCAUUUUGUGUUAGAAUUCCUGGCUGGACAUGUUACUUGGCUGGAGAACUGCAUUGCAGAAUUCAGAGAAAGAUGACUUUCCCCAAAGGAUGGCUCUGUUUCAGUUCAUAUAUUAUUUCAGAGUGUGUAUUAGGUAGAUAAGCAUUUCUCUCCCAUGCUUAGAUUCAUGCCAUACCUUGAAACUGAAGUUAUGGUGAGUUCUCAUUUCAAACAAUGGGCUGAUAUCUUCCUUUGACUACUAUAACAGUUUGCCAUAUGCCUGACGAUACAACUUCUAUUACAAAAGAAUGUUUCGUGUUUGUAAUUUGAGAUUUAUCGGAAAAGAACCUGAAUUUUACCUAACUUGUUGUGUAUGUACAUUGAACCACUCUCUCGGUAUCUUCAUUCUGCCUAAAGGAGGACCCCUGCACAGCACUCCUCUCUCUUAUAUGCAUCUUUAUUUCUUGCAGAAAUACCCACCGGCCAAUCCCCAUACAGAGCUUCAGGCAAUAUUAUGAGACAAGGGCAGCAAAUUCCAAUCAUGGCUUCUCUCAGGACUUUGAGGUAAAUGCUCCCCUCUUCUUCAAAUUUAAUCCAGACUGACUGUGAGGCCACAGUCAGACAACAUCAUCAUUGAAUGCAGGCUGCAGAAUUUUGCCAGUUUCAUGCUUUUAUUAGAGCUAAAUUUCACUACCUAUGAAAUAUCCAUUGAAACCAAGGUAGGUGAGCAUGAAAUGUUUCUCCUCUCCUCCCAAAUCAACAUAAUACUGAGUAGCGUGCAGUCUCCUCUUCUUGAGGAGCCAGUGUGGUGUGGUGGUUAAGAGCGGUAGUCUCGUAAUCUGGGGAACCGGGUUCACGUCUCCGCUCCUCCACAUGCAGCUGCUGGGUGACCUUGGGCCAGUCACACUUCUUUGAAGUCUCUCAGCCCCACUCACCUCACAGAGUGUUUGUUGUGGGGGAGGAAGGGAAAGGAGAAUGUUAGCCGCUUUGAGACUCUUUAAAAAAGGGAGUGAAAGGCGGGAUAUCAAAUCCAAACGCUGCUGCUGCUGCUGCUGCUGCUGCUGCUUCUUCUUCUUCUUCUUCUUCUUCUUCUUCUUCUUCUUCUUCUUCUUCUUCUUCUUCUUGUUACUUGGUGUCAGUAGGUGCUAGUUAACCUAGAAGGAGGAAUAUUUCUCUGCCAGCAUGUGCUGACUGCUAUAAAUUCAGGCAGAAGAGAGGCUAUGUUCAUGGCGCCCCCAACCACCACUAUACAGUGGUACCUUGGAAGUCGAAUGGAAUCCGUUCUGGAAGUCCGUUCGACUUCCAAAACGUUCGAAAACCAAGAUGCAGCUUCUGAUUGGCGGCAGGAAGCUCCUGCAGCCAGUUGGAAGCCACGGAAGCCCCGUCAGAUGUUCGGGUUCCAAAGAACGUUUGCAAACUGGAACACUUACUCCAGGUUUGCGGUGUUUGGGAUCCAAGGUACGUCUGUAGCUUCAAAUAUCAGUUUAAACAAUGGUCAAACCAGAAGAGGCCAAGGUUUUAAAAUAAAUUCAGAUAAAACCAAAAUGUUGGUUAAAAACAUGGAUGAUCAGUAAAAAAAAUUGUUAGAAAAAAUGUCUGGUUUGAAAAUAUGUAAAAAAAGUAAGAUAUUUGGGAAUCUGGCUAAGAGCAAGAAAUUGCAAUUUAUUUGAAAAAAAAUUUAUAUUCAGUUGUGGAAAGAGGUUAAGAAAGAGUUGGCGAUUUAGGAGAGAAUGAAGCUCUCCCUCCUAGGUAGAAUUUCAGCCACUAAAAUGAAUUUAUUGCCCAGGAUGCUGUUUUUAUUCCAAUAAAUCCCAAUUGUAAACAAUUCAGGCUGCUUCAAAGAAUGGAAAAACGAUAUUUCUAAAUUUAUUUGGCAGGUGGGAAAGCCAAAUAAAUUGGCUUUCUCUGACCUUGAUACCAGACUUGAAUGUGGUUUGUUUUAAUGUUGAUAAUCUUUUGUAAGCUGCUUUGAGAGCCUCUCAGGCCAUAAAGCCGGGAGAUAAAUAUUCUAAACAAAUAAUAAAUCCCCUUACUUCUCUAUGAGAUUGGCACCUGGCUCAAACUGACAUAGGGGAUCUUGCUGAUAAACGUUUUCUCCUUCUGUCCCACAGGAGCUGAAGGAAGUAGGGAAAGAGCAGCCAAAAACGGAAGCUGAACUGCCUGCUAACAUCUCCAAGAAUCGAUAUCCUCAUGUUCUACCAUGUAAGUUCUGGACAGAAUUACGUAUAGCUAAUUUUUCCCCUCUUCCUAGUUGGGUUAUCUUGGCAAACUCCCUUCUCUGGUUGGCUUCAUGCAUUUUACAAAUCUAUCGGAUGUUGCAGUUUUAGCCAUUUCCUGUCCCAUGAAUUGUAACAGAGCUGAAAGACUGUUGGCUACACCUUCAUGCAACUUUUAGCCCCUGCUCCCCUUCCUCAUCCUUUUGCCCUUUCCCCUGCUUUACCCCACGCCCUGAACAAGUCUCUUCUGCGGUAAAUCCCACUAUGGUGUGUGUGCAUGCAUGCGUCUGCAUGUGUGUGAGUGUGACCAUGUGUGAGCUGUAUGCCCGGUGAAUGUGUGGUGGAGUGAAUGUGUGUGUGAUCUGUACAUGUAAAGUGUGUGCACUGAUUGAUUGAUUAUUUAAUUUCUGUACUGCUUAAUGGUCGGCAUCCAUCUGUCUCAGGAGGAGUGUGGUCAAGCUGUUGGGAUGGUUGUAACGCCUGCUGUGGCUGUGGAGACCGAUGCGGGAGAGACAUGUUUUGUUGCAGCUGGGGCAGAUGAAGGAAUCCAGUUGUGCUGCUGCAGAUGCACCAUCUCUGUACUUAUCCCAGCCAUCAUUCCCCCUCUGGUCACUGCUGUGGAUACACAACCUGACUGCCUGUCUCCAGGCACUGUGGUCGUCUGCAAGGGAUUCCCACACAGGGGGAUUAAUGUUGCCAACCUUCGCGUCACGUCUGCACACAAAAAGCAGAGAAUUGGCUAAACUCUUCCAUAGAGCUGCCAAGUUGCAACCUGGAGAAUCUGAUUUCACCUUCUGUCCACCUUCUUCCUUUGCAUGCUAAAAAGGGAUAUUACAGUCCUCUGCAAACAGAAAGAUCAGAGGAGAGGAGCACUUACCUCAAAAUCCUAAGAGAAGCCACGAUUGGAAUUUGCUGCCCUUGUCUCAUAAUAUUUCCUGAAACUCUGUAUGGGGAUUGGCCGGUGGGUAAAGAUGCACACCAGAGAAAGCAGUGAAUUUAUAUUGGUUUAUAUGUAUUAGCAACUUUGUGUUUAAUGUAACAUUUUUAUAUGUAAUUGUGCAGAUGAUUACUCCCGAGUGAAGCUGAGCCUGCUGGAUGAAGAACCACAUUCUGACUACAUCAAUGCCAACUUUGUGCCAGUGAGUUCUUUGAAUACUUCUGUAACCUUACUGACAUCUCAUAGGAAGGCGCAGGGUGUUAGGGCACCUGCAGCAAGAUCUUCACAUAUGACUUCACACAGGAAUGACCGCUCCCCGCAUAAAACGGGGGGUGACCUUUGCGUGGACGCGCGCAGCCCCUGGAUCUGGAGCGGCUCCAUCAGCAUAGGCUUGGCUUUGCCUUCCCUCAGGUGGGAUACCUGGAGGUCUCCGCCUACCCCAGUCAGUUGUCCAAUCCCACGGGGGAGGGGGGGAAGCGUUGCCAAGGAGACCAGGCCAGGUAGGGGAGGGAUUGCCUGCCCACACAAUAGAGGGAGGAUCUUACCUGGGAAUCCUCACUUGGCUCCAGAGCUAAAUCUAAACCUAAAUCUCAGGAGGCCUGGUUGACCAUUAGAAUACUCUGCAAAGUUGGGAAGAAGAUUUGAUUGAUUGAUUGAUUGAUUGAUUGAUUGAUUGAAUUUGUAUCACUAUAGCUUCAGUUAGGACACAGCAGGUAUAUCAUGUGGAGCAAAGAGACUUUUCUAAUAAUUGUAUUCUGUCACUCUAUUGUUAGAGUCUUUGGUUUCUGUGGAAUGAUAGACAAUCCAGUUUUUCUUUUCUUUUCAGUAAGUAGGAAGGUAAUACGAAGAUAGACAAGGAUAAAAGGAAAACAAAAGAUGGGGAAGAUGGGUCAACUGAGCAAGGUGUCAGAAUAUCAUAACUUCCACAUGAGUGUAAACAUGGUCUAAAAGCGGACUCAGGCAUGGACACCAUGUUUUCCUCGGUCCAAAUUUACUUUAGUCCAUCUCUAGGCAAAGGCAGGCAUAAGAGCAGAAGAGAAGCCACAGAUGUCUCUCAGCUGCAAGAUGGGCCUGGCUUCAUAAAUUGACAAAGACGGAUGAAAGCAAAUUAUAUUAUGUCACCAUCAGUCUUCUCACCCACCCACAGCUUCAGGGGGGCUGUAUACUUUUAAAUUUUUUAAAUCACCAUAGGAACAUUCACACAUUUAUAUGCAUCCUCUUUUAAUUUCUUAAUAAAACCUUACCAGUUCAAAACCACUCUGGUGAUUGAAACUGGGUAGUAUGUCCUAGUGACAUUGCAGGGGUCAGCCAAUCACCACCAUGUGCGGCUAGCCUCUUCUUCAGACUUGCAGAGCUGUUUCCCCCCGAACAUGUUUGGGUUUGGACUGAAUGGAGCGAGGGCACUCCCUGAGCAGCCCCAUUGCUCUAAAACUUUCACUUGUCUUUCCUCUUUCUCCUGCUAUUUACAGCUGCAUAUUAAAGAGCUUGGAUGUUUCCCUUAUGCCUCUCUGGUGAUUUAUCCAGGUAAUGGCUAGAAAGCGCAUCUUUAUGUGUGUGCAUGCAGCACUUGUAUUUGCACACCCAAAUCUGCCUUGUGUGUACAUGGUAUGCGUGCAUAACAGCACAGCAGUCAUGUUUGCAUGCUUGUGUAAGAACACUGUGCUUCAUUUGCACGUUAACAUCUAAAGUUAGAAAACAAGCCUCUUUAGCACAAGAGCAUCUGUGUCUCCUUUGCAGGCUGCAUUGGCUAAAAAGUGUGAGCCUGGCUGGCCGCUACUGGAAACACAAUACUGGAGGAGAUGAUCUGUCUGAUCCAGCAAGGCUCUUUUUGUAUUUGUAAAAAUGUGAGCAGCAGCAGGCAGUGGCAGAUAAGGCAAAGGUGGCAGCCUCUCUUUUGCCAAACAAGGAUCUGUGCAACUGCUCAUUCCUGGCAGCCCCUCUUUUACAGAAAAAUUGUUCACCGCGUAUGGAGAAGGGAUGCUAGAUACAGAGGACCAGAGGGCUAAGGGACAAAGGAGAUUGGAGGCUAAACAUUUCACAUUCCUUUUGGUUUGGUUUGGGGUUUUUUUUGCUGUCAAUACAAAGCAUUGCUGGGGGACAGUGCAUGGAGAUGAGGGUUGUUAUUAUUAUAUUUAUUUCUACCUUGCCUUUUCCCCAGACAGGGACUCAAGGUGGCUCACAGAUAAAAUAAGGUAAAGGUAAAGGGACCCCUGACCAUUAGGUCCAGUCGUGGACAACUCUGGGGUUGCGGCGCUCAUCUCGCUUUAUUGGCCAAGGGAGCCGGCGUACAGCUUCCGGAUCAUGUGGCCAGCAUGACUAAGCCGCUUCUGGUGAACCAGAGCAGUGCAUGGAAAUGCCGUUUACCUUCCCACCAGAGCCGUACCUAUUUAUCUACUUGCACUUUGACAUGCUUUUAAACUGCUAGGUUGGCAGGAGCAGGGACUGAGCAACGGGAGCUCACCCCGUCGCAGGGAUUCGAACCGCCGACCUUCUGAUCAGCAAGCCCUAGGCUCUGUGGUUUAACCCACAGCGCCACCCGCGUCUCUUUUACAGAUAAAAUAGGAACAGCUAAAAACAUAGGGGAGAAUUUUUUUUUUAAAAGCAAUGAAACCCUAAUAGAAUAUAUUAGGAGUGUGCAGAGCAAGGAGCGAGCAAGUGUUGGCUGUGUGGCCAUUUAGCGAGGGGGCCAUGGAUGUGGUGGCAAGGCCAGGCAGGGCUCUGGGGCAGGGAAGGAUGGGGAGGAUCCACAGAGUGUUUGUUGUGGGGGAGGAAGGGAAAGGAGAAUGUUAGCCGCUUUGAGACUCCUUCAGGUAGUGAUAAAGCGGGAUAUCAAAUCCAAACUCUUCUUAAGCAUGUAGGACUGUGCCUACUGCAUACUGUGGCUUGGAGAAUGACAAUGUGAGAUCACCUGAGGAAACCAGUGGGCCUUUCCCUCACUCUAGAAGAGCCCACAGACCACAUUAAUCCAAGAUUUUUUAAGGGUUUCUUGAAAAGACCAUCUUUGAUCUCUAUCGACUCCCUGUGUCCUGAGCUGAAUGUUAUGCAUAGCAUAUGGAAUGUAGAAGCAUUUUGGAUUUUGAGCCUUUUAAGGUGUGAUGCUAUCCUACAGAUCCACUGACUGAGGGGUAUUAGAAAAUGUGGCUCUACCAGCAGAGAUGGAGUGACCAGCAUGGUAUGGUAACUCUCAGUGACACAAGUGGAGUUUUCCACCAGCUUGUCUGUAGUCCUGGUGUAUGACAGGGGUGAACAUAGGAUUGUGCGGCUCACCGUGUUUCUCCUCCAUUAUUAGAAGGGUUAAAAACUUGCUGUUUAAAAAUAAUGGGGGGAAAGUGCCGUAAGGAAUGUGCAACAAUAUUAUUGUAGGAUGGAGAAUUAAACCUCUAUAACUUUGCUACAGCAGAAGGAUGACUCAGAAUGUACUCAGUUUGAAUCCAUACAGCUAAACAUCAGUACCUCCAUCUGUUAAUAACUGGUUACAUGAGAAGUUUAUUUGGUUAUGUUCAUAAAUAAGCAUGCAAGAUAUAAAUGAACGUCACAACCAGUGUUGUCCAAAACAUUUGGAGCCGGCCAAGUUGGUGAAGGCUGCUGUGUAGCAUAAAUGCAUUCCAAACAGAUCUGAAACACUGUUAACUGCUUUGGAUGACAACAACAACAAGUUUAUUAUUUAUACCCUGCCCAUGCUGGCUGAGGCUGAUGGGAGUUGUAGUCCAAAACAUCUGGAAGGGCCAAGUUGGAGAAGGCUGCAGUGAGGAAAUAGCAAACAUCUGCAAGACCAUAACCACAACCAUCCAAAACAAGUCAAGCUUAAAACUCAUCCUAUUGCUUUCAGUAGGACUUGUUCAGCACUGACAGUUGCUGGAUUGUGCCCUAAGUUCUUUCAAGGUAUAAACUAAACUUUGCUCUAUUUAAAAAAACAAAAAACAAAAGAACCCACACCACAAUAUAGAAUAAUUAAACCGAAUCAAUACUUUACGCUUUCCUUGAUUCAAGAAAAGCAUUCUGCGAUUGCUAAUUCUGCUCAUUCAUUCUUUCAGGGUUACAACUCCCCGCAGGAGUUCAUCGCCACACAGGGGCCCCUGAAAAAAACCCUGGAUGAUUUCUGGCGGCUCGUCUGGGAGCAGCACAUCUGCACCAUUGUUAUGCUGACCGUGGGCAUGGAGAAUGGACGAGUAGGUCUGAUGGAAGCCCCUACUGUAGGGGCGGGGUCCCCCUUUUUAACCCAUAGGCCUCUUUCCCUUCUUGGCCAACUUCCAGGGACCACAUGGCAGAGGUGGGCGGGGCUAGAAGCAGAAGUUGGUGGAGCAAUCAAUGUUAAUUUACUCUUGCGCCCUUCCCUAUCCUCCACCCCAACAAACAAGAAGCAGAAAUGCAUAUUCUAGCCAAGUAGAAACACACAAAGCAGGGCCCAUGGAAGAAGGGACUUGCCUGGGGAAAGAUCUGGUGGGGGGGGGCAGAUAGAGAGACAUGGAGGGCCACAUUCAGCCCCUGGCCUGAGGUUCCACAUCCCUGCCCUACUGUAUAUGGUCCAGGGAACAAGAGUUUUGCAGCGUGGUAGCAUCAGUUCUUUCAGUAGUGGGAGAGUCUUGAUGGCCACAUGGGACCAAUACUUCUUUCCAUCAGUAUUGUCAGAGGCCUGUUGCUUUAUAUCUAGUGGAAGGGAAUUCUGAGGGCCAAAAGUAGAUAUUAUGUGAAUAUGUGUGUAACAAAAAAAAUGUAAAGCAGACUUGGGACGCUUUGAUCUUGAGUGAAGGAUCAGUGCCUCACCAGACAUUUCCCCACUCAAAAUCAUCCCCAGCAGUUUCUGCCCCCUUCCCUUGGAAGCAGAAAAACACGAUAACAAUUGAGAUCUUGUGCAUAUAAGCUAAGAGUCCAGCAUUUCUAAUUGCCUGAGUUAACAUCUUUUUGCGGGUGGUAGCUGAUCAAAAAUUUAUAAACUUUUCUUAAAUAAUGAAUGUUAAGAAAAAAGCAAAUUAAAGGCUAGGCUACAUGAUUAAAAUUAGAAGAACCUAUUGACCAAUGGGAAUACACAGAAGUAUAGGAAUGAUUUAUUAUUGCGUGCCAGCUGAAGAGAAAGUUAACAACUGCGGUAUAUUACUACCACAGGUUGACACAUAAUCAUAGCCCAGUGUGCAGGAAAUGUGGGACUGAUGCUGGUUUUGCUUCAUGGUAAAGAUCUAUGGGAGAGAGAAAAUAAUGAAAGCAUUUUUAUUGCUACUGCUGCUAUUGCAUCUUGCUGUGCCUCCAAAACAAGAGCCCAGGACAGCUAACGAUGAUCAAACCACUACUACAAGUCGCCAAAUAUAACUAUAAAAUAUCCAUAAAAACUGACCGAUCAGCACAAAACAAUCUGCAACUGGUAUUAAAACAAUCUAAUUUAAUCAUUCAUUUAAAUAGUGACAUAAUAACAAGCUAAGAUUUGUAACUCAAUCCCAUUCUUUUUUAUUUAUUUUUACUGUGCUGCUUACUCACACAAAAAGGCCAAAAAAGGGAGAACUCCUCCCAUCUUGUGUGGUUACUUUUAACAAGCAUACUGUACACAGGAGUGCAGAUAGAGACUCCAAAACAUGGUGGAAGUGGUUUUGACAUUUCCUGCAUUCGAAGUGGUUUGUUUUCAGGGAAGAUAGUAUGUGUUGUGCAGAGCACUGUAGAAUCCACCAAGCACGUUGCACAAGGAUAGCCAGGGGCAAUAUAUAAGGAAACAAGGCUCCCAUUUCCUUUGAAAAUAUUAAUUGCAGUUCCAUCUCCCUUGCUAGGUGCUGUGUGAAUACUACUGGCCCUCAGACACGGCUCCUACCUCUUUUGGGCCGGUCAGCAUCCACCUGCUCGCUCAGAAUUUUGCAGAUGAGUGGACUACACGGGAGUUCAAGAUCCAGCAUGUGAGUAGGAGACCAGAAAUACCCCAUGGCACCUCCCAAUAAUCUUGCCCAAUCAAAAAUGCAAAUAUAAUAUAAACUGCAGUGUCGUGGUGCUCCAGGGAAUCCUAAUGACUGGAAACAAGGCAAAACUCUUUUGCGGACAGUUGAGAAACUCUGGAAUAAAGAGUGCAUCCUUCAUAAACUUGUGGACCAGCUUUCUUUGUUGUAGUACCCAAAAUCAGCAUAAGCAUAUCUCAUGCAGUUUAAUGGCAGGUGCUUCCUCUCUUGCAAUUUCAGGUUUAGGACUUUGCCUGAGCUGCUUCUGUGGGCACUAAUGUGGGCAUCUCUUAUCACACAGGAAGGGCUAAACAUGGAAAGGAGAGUAACUCACUUGCACUACACAGCAUGGCCUAAUCAUGGUGUUCCUGAGUCCACAGCUUCCAUGAUUGCCUUUAUAGAGUUGGUGCGAGCACACAUGCAGGGUGCAAAGGAAUCUGGGCCUACGCUGGUACACUGCAGGUAAGUUUCAGGCAACGCACUUGGCUGGUUAUUAAUGUUGGGAUUCCUUUCCACCCUUUGCUGCAGACAUGGGAUUGUUGCGUGUCACAGGUCUGUUUACAUUCCAGCACAGACUGCUGGCGUGAGCGGAACUUCCGCUCUGUAUUGCUUUUGUUUUUAGUCUCUCUCCGAGAAGAUGGCAAGGAGAGAUGCCAUGUUUUCUUUGUCUUGACUUAUGUACAAUAAAUGCGUAGUUUAGUAUGUGUCUACAGCCUCAAGCCUCUUCUGUUGCGCAGUUUACACUGCUGAGUGUGCUCAAGUCUGCAAGCUUGAGUCACUGAUGUACGUCGGAGCAGAGGUCGAUGAAUCCCCGCAGCUGCAAGGCUGAGGGGAGACACUCCAGCUGGGGCCGAGCCAGCUGGCCUUUCGGCCCCCAUAGAUUCCGACAAUUACUACCAAAAUCUGCAAAGGCAACGAAACAUCAAGAAAAAUGCUGCCAUAAAAUCAUUCCGUUGGUAAACAUCAUUGCCUUGCCAUGGUUGGCAUGAUCAGGUGUCCUCUUUGCCCAAAUUCCUUGACUGCUGGGGUCACAAAAGGUAGGGAGCACAGAAUGAGAAGGAAUGAAGGCCUCCAAGAUGAGCUGUGUGAAAGAGCCUCUUCUUUCCCUGUAUUAUUGCAGUGCAGGUGUGGGGCGCACUGGGACUUUCGUUGCUCUGGAUCGGCUCCUGCAGCAGAUGAAGUACGAGAAGGUGGUGGAUGUGUUCAACACCAUUUACAGCCUGCGAAUGAACCGCCACCGGAUGAUUCAGACACUGGUGAGAAACUCUGAGCUGCCUCUCAGGUCGCUGGUUGCCCUGACAUGGGAAUCAUUCAAUGACACAAGAUGGCCUUACCCUUUCUGCUGGGUAUUUGUGGCCAGUGCGGAGGGAUGGAGAAGAUGCCAGAGACACAAUGGGCAACAGAAACUAGAAGGAACAGCAGUGAGGGGCCUGGGGGAGGGCCCAAGACAUGGAAGGAGCAGCCAACCUCUUGGAGUCCAUAAGCACAUUGGCAAACUAGAGAAGCUGUCAUGCAUGCAGACACACACACAAACACACUGCAACCAAGAGCACAUGGCAAACUGUUCUAGUGGCUACAAGAGAAUGCUUCUUUCAAGCCUAAUUUCAGUGAAAGGGUGGGAUCCUUUGGGCAUCUUCUAUGGGCAUGUGGAGAAGCAAAUGAACAAAAUGUGCAGCUACUGAAAAAUAAGCAUAGGAUGAGAUACAAGCAUUGGCUGUCAACUGGUUUGCAAGCAGCUUCUUUUUUAUUUUAUUUAUAGAGGCUGUAGAAAGAACAGUUCUUUGGCAAGUCAGUGCCAGUUCAGGAAUAGAGGCCUGAAGCUCCCAGCUGCACAUUAUAAUGAUUAGACCUGGUUGCCUUUCUAUUUCAAGGUGCACUGCAGUGCUUUCAGGGUCUCCGUGUACAUAAAAUAUGUGCUCUUCUCUUCCAGGGGCAGUACAUUUUCCUGCACAACUGCAUCCUAGAGAAGAUCUCUGAAGACCCACAGAUUGGCCUGUCUGGAGUGGAGCUGUAAGUUUAUACCUAAUUUCCCCUUCCAUUCCAGUGGAAUGCAUAGUUCUCUCCUGUAAGCCACCCCUCCCCCUGCUUAACAUAGCUAUUGUGCCCAGAAAUGAGGCUACUCCUUCUUUCCCACCCAUAUGUGCAAACAGGCUAUUACAUUGCUGGAUCAGAGCUAGCACAAGUACAAUGCAAAGGGGGAAAACCGGUUGGUUGGUUGGUUGGUUGGUUGGUUGGUUGGUUGGUUUCCCCAUUCAUCAUCUGGAAAGGUCUAUAGGGAUCAGCAACCAGGGCACCACACUCAUUGCAAAUAGGCAUGGCCUGCCUCAAAUAGCAGCAGAGGCUUCUUGUUCAGUAGGAGUUGCAAGAAGUCUCCUGGGACCACAGUGUCUUGUUCUCUUUUCAAGGCAGCUGUGCCAUCAGCUCAUGUUAGAGGGAUAUGGAAUGGGGAAGCUGAAUAAUUAAACCCAUCUCUCAUGUUUUCUCAAGCUCCCAUCCAGUCCCUCUCAAGAACUUUGUUCAGCACCACGCAAAGAACAGUUCCAAGGCCAACACUGGCUUCCUAAGGGAGUAUGAGGUAAGAGGUUGGCACACAGGGAUGCUGGGUUUUAAGGGUGCUCCAACUCCACAUGCCAUGUGGGUGGCCAGAUUGGGCUGCAUCAGAGAUGCACGACUAUCACCAUGAGGGCAGCUCAGGCUCAAGCUGUGAAAAUAUACAUCCAGCUGCAUGUAGCAUGUUGUUAACUCUUCGGAAUGAAUGUUUUGAAGACCUCUGCAUUAGCAGCUGUAUCAAUGAUUAAAGUACUCACCAUUGACUCUGGGGUCAGUGAUCCUGCAUGCUCAAUCAUAGUGAAAAGUCCACCCCAACCCAUUUCUCCAUCUCUCUCUCUCUCUCUCUCUCUCUCUCUCUCUCUUUCUCUCUCUUUCUUCUACUUUGCUUCUCCCCAUCAGCAGAUGCUCCUGGAGGCUGCCAAAGAGGAAGUCAAUUCAGCAGUACCACUUUCUAGCAGUGGCAACCAACAGAUCAACCUUCCCUCAAGCAAGAACUCUUGUGAGUAAAUGGUUUUGUGGUUAGUAUUGUUGCUGAGCAUGAAUUACGGGUGGGGCAUAAGGCGCUGAGCUGAAAUUCUGCAGCGCAGGACUGCGCUGUGCCUGACGCACUGUGUCACCCAACCCUCCACCUUCUCACAAAGGCUGUUUUGCAGAUGAUCGCUCAAAAGUGAAGUUCUCGCAGCUGGAUCGAGAUCCCUUCUCAGACCUCACAAAUGUCUGGCUCAUCCCUGUGAGUCCACCAUGAAUUUCAUUUCCCUCCUUUCGGGUCCUCUGUUGUUGCCUCCAGAUGUCUUUGCUGCAUGCUGCACUCCUAUAGAAGGGAUCAGUUGCUUGUGUCACUGCUUUGAGGUUUUUUUUUCUUUAGCAAUCAAGAGGUGUAUAUACUUUUUAAUGAAGUGUUAUGAAAUAAAUGUACAGUGGACGCUCGGGUUGUGAGCGUGAUCUGUGUGGGAUGCAUGUUCGCAACCCGCAGCGUUCGCAACCCGCGUCUGUGCGUUUGUGCAUGCGCGGGUUGCGAUUCAGCGCUUCCGCACAUGCACAAAGUGUGACUUAGCGCUUCUGUGCAUGCGCGAUUGCCGAAACCCGGAAGUAACCCGUUCUGGUACUUCCAGGUUUCAGCGGUCCGUAACCUGAAAGAAACGCAACCUGAAGCAUCUGUAACCUGAGGUAUGACUGUAUGUGCUUUUCCUUGCUUUGGUGAGAGAGAAAAGGCUAGGUCAUAGCAAGUACAACUCAACUGCUGCCAAGCUGUGAGAAGGUAACAAGUGGAUUCUGCGAUCCUGGCUGUUCCUUGGCUCAGUAUUUUAUAACAUAGACAAUAAGAGUGUGGCAAACAAAGCACUCACAUCUCUGAAUGACUAAAAGCAGGGCAUUAUUGAAGACACUACAGUGGUACCUUGGGUUACAAACGCUUCAGGUUACAGACUCCGCUAACCUAGAAAUAUUACCUCGGGUUAAGAACUUUGCUUCAGGAUGAGAACAGAAAAACGUGCUCCGGCGGCCCGGCGGCAGCAGGAGGCCCCAUUAGCUAAAGUGGUGCUUCAGGUUAAGAACAGUUUCAGGUUAAGAACGGACCUCCAGAACGAAUUAAGUACUUAACCCGAGGUACCACUGUAUUAGAAAUCAAAAUAAUAUUGAUAAACUGGAGAGUCGGGACAAAAUGUACAAGUGUAAAAGGAAUGCCACUUCAAGGGAAAUAAGCCUGAGUGUGCAAAAACUACUCAAGAAAUAGUGAGUUCUUAGAAUCAUAGAGUUGGAAGGAACCAUGAGGGUCAUGUAGUCCAACCUCCUGCACUGCAGGAAUAUUUUUGCCUGUGGGGCUCGAAUCCAUGACCCUGAGAUUAAGAGUCUCAUGUACUACCGACUGAUCUAUUGCAACCCCUGAAAUUAAUACAAGACCUGCUAAAGUGCCACUGUGCAAAACUGGCAAACACUUUUUGAGGUUCCAUUGGCAAAAGUAUAUUCAGAGACAAAGGAGGGCCAAGUACACGAUGACUGGUUACAAAUAAUUGUUAAGUAAUUACGGUAAAAGCAAAUAGUGCAUUGUGGGAACUUGGUGACUAGCCUGCGAGUGGUGGGUAUAGGAGAUAGUACAGUGGAAGAGGAUGGAGAGCUGACUUCCAGAUGAGGGAUACAGCAAGUAAAUUUCAAAUGUAAUACCUUGUUUGGGAAUCUAUAUAGCAGCAAGUACCUGGGCCAGCCUUCUUUAACCUGGUGCUCUCCAGAUUUGUUGGACUACAACUUCCGUCAGCCCCAGCCAGCAAGGCCAAAUGUAAGAACACCAGGCUGGAGCUGGCUGACCUCAACAAUCUAUUAAGGUAGUUUAGUUCACAAAAUUUCUUGAUUAUCAAGACCAAGAAAUCUAGUCUAAGACAAGUACAGUGGUACCUCGGGUUACAUACGCUUCAGGUUACAGACUCCGCUAACCCAGAAAUAGUACCUUGGGUUAAGAACGUUGCUUCAGGAUGAGAACAGAAACCAUGCUCUGGCAGCGCAGCGGCAGCGGGAGGCCCCAUUAGCUAAAGUGGUACCUCAGGUUAAGAACAGUUUCAGGUUAAGAAUGGACCUCCGGAACGAAUUAAGUACUUAACCCGAGGUACCACUGUACUUAAAGAAAGAAAAUAUGCUUUCAUUUCACCCUCUGAUCUGUCACUAAAGUUGCCAGCAACUCCUGGUGCCUCAUCUCCAACUAACUUCCCAUGGGAGAAUAAGCCAGUUACAGAUACCAUAACCUGCAGCUUACUCCUGUAGCUAGGGUAAUCCUUAUCCAAGCUUAAAGGUAAAGGUAAAGGUACCCCUGCCCGUACGGGCCAGUCGUGACCGACUCUGGGGUUGCGCGCCCAUCUCGCUUAAGAGGCCGGGGGCCAGCGCUGUCUGGAGACACUUCCGGGUCACGUGGCCAGAGUGACAAAGCUGCUCUGGCGAGCCUGCACCAGCGCAGCACACGGAAACGCCGUUUACCUUCCCGCCGGAGUGGUACCUAUUUAUCUACUUGCACUUAAGAGUGCUUUCGAACUGCUAGGUGGGCAGGAGCUGGGACCGAACGACGGGAGCUCACCCCGCCGCGGGGAUUCGAACCACCGACCAUAUGAUCGGCAAGUCCUAGGCGCUGAGGUUUUACCCACAGCGCCACCCGCGUCCCUUAUCCAAGCUUAGACCAGGCUUAUCUUCUGCCGCUGGCACUUUGCUAACUCUGCUAAAUGAGACUCUGCUUUUCUUUUUCUUUUGGCAGGGCUGUAACUCGGCCAAGGACUAUAUAGCUAUUGAAGGACCUGACAAACUGGCCCUGGAGGAAUUCUGGGGGCUGGUCUGGGAUCAUGGAGUCCACACCAUCAUCACUCUACUACCUGGACAGACGAACAGCCCUGUAAGAUCCACAUUAUGCAUUAUGCAGACCCACAGAUUUAUAGAGGCAGGUCCUUCUGGGAUAGCUGCAAUCACUGGGGCCAUAGCACAGAGCUAUGGGACAGGUUCAGUUUGGGCGCCUGGAACUGAGAGCUGUGCCGUUUAGAAUCCUGGCUGCGUAAGAACUGCUUUUCCACAAGUGGUUCCCAUGUAACUGAAGGCUAUAUCUGAAUGGUGGCAUCAUGUGGUCAGGGCAAAUGGAACUGCAACUACAACCCCUAUUUUUUAUGUGUGUGUGUGUAGGCUCCAGACAACUCGUGCUGGCCCUCUGAAGGUGAACCUGUGUGCACAGAGACGUUGACCAUACAGCAAGGCCCAGAGAAGGUUAUUUCAGGAUGGCCAUGCACUCAGCUGAGACUGAAAUAUGUACGUGAGUUGGAAAUAGUGGGGGGAAGCCAUGGGGCCGUGGGCAAGGGCAAGAGGAACAAUGAAAGCAAUAUCAUUGGACAUGUGUGUUUUGCGGGGGAAACUCCUUGUCACCAUAGCUAAGCUUUUGAGCUACACAGAAUUCUUCAUUUGUGCAUUGGCCUGCCCUCUACACCGCAUUCCCAAACAGUUGCUAGAUCAAUUAUCAUAAUGUCUUUGUUACUUUUUCAGGAGAAAAAGGCCAAGGAGAGGCUGCUGCAACGGUUCCGGUUCCCUUUGGGGGAAGGAGAGGAAUUUCCAGACCCUGAGAUCCUGGUGGGCUUCCUCACCACUGUCAGGCAACUGGUGCCAUAUCGGAAAAGAACAAAUCCCUUGGUCCUGCAUUGCAAGUAAGGCCCUGCCUCUCCAGGUACCCUUGGGCUCUUGCCCAGUAGGCAGCCCUUUUUAGCAGGUAGCCGUUUUCCUGCUGCAUAUGGCACCAGUGAGGGCGUAUGCCAAUCCUAAGAUGUAGGCAUUCCCAUCUCACUGAGCUGAUACCCAUCAGUAAAAGGUCUACUAUCCAACCCCCUGCUGGUUCUAUCUAGUGGCAUCCAGUAUGUGGAACUCCCUGCCUCAUGACUUCAGUUUUUGUGACCAAGACGUGCCUAUCCAUCCAGCUCUUUGGGUGAUGCUGAUGUUUUGGUAGGAUCAUCUGUGUUGUGAUUGUCAUUUGCUGUGUUGACGUGAGGAAUUAUAAGCUCCUGGUUUUAACUAAUGUCCAGUGGUUAAUGGUUUUAUGGAUGGUAUUUUUUAUUGUAUUGUGAACUGUCCUGUGCUGAAGGCUGCACUAGUUUAUUUUUUAAAAAAAAAUAUUUUUUUUACUAGUUUAUUUUUUAAAAAAUUGUUUGAUUUUUUUUCUUUCACAGUUCUGGCGGCGUAGGCCCGAUCGGGGUGCUGAUUGCCCUGGAUACUCUGCUGCAGCAGCUGAAAGGAGAGAAGAGUGUGGAUGUAUAUGGUGUUGUUCUGAGGCUGGUGAGGAGCUGCUGCCUCAUGACUCCAACACUGGUAGGUAAAGGGCAGAAAGGGAAGCUUGAGCAGCAAUGGUAGCCAAGAGCUGUGUCAAGGCCAAAGGACACUAUGCUGUUCCAUGUUCUGUUCUCCUGCAGCACCCCUGUGCUUUCUGUCUCCCUAAAGCUAGUCAAGGAGGACAUGGGAUCCCUGAUGGACUUUCCCUUUACUGUACUGGGGUACACUUUUUGCAUGGCCAUCCAAUAUUGUGGUUCAAAGUGGGGAAGUAGGUAAUUCCAGUCAUGACUCCGUCUGAUCUUAUUUAGCAAGCCCCUUGGAUGGGUCUCUACAGCUCAGUGGCCUCUCCCCCUCUCCAGCCACCAUCUGUGUCAUAUUCAUGAAGAGCUGGGAAAUAUUGGGCAACUUUCACACAACAGAUAUUUUUGGACCUGCUUUCUUUCACCAAAGCCAGAGGGAUGUCAACAAGGUUUUCAGUUCAGGCUUUUCCAUAUCAUCAACCAAAGCAUUUUCCAUCCCUUGUGGGAUACUCCCACAUACUCUGACUCUGUGGGCUAUUUAUUUCAUCUGCAUGUAAUAGAAACUGGGGGGUAGGGAUCGUUUUUUGCUGCUGUUCAUCUUUUGAAAAAUUCAAAGAGGCUAGAUGUAGUCUUGAUGCUAUGCAGGAAAGGGAGAGUUCAUAAUCUCCAAAGACUUUGGGGGAUGGAUUCAAGUAAAUAGUUGUACUAGAGGAUGACAGUGUAAUGAGUUUUGCUGGCCCAAUUGAGCUUCCUCCUCCUCCCUCUGUAAAGGUAAAGGGACCCCUGACCAUUAGGCAAACCAUUUGAAGCGCUGGGAAAAUGCAGUCUCAGCAGCAGUAUCUUCUGCAGGGAAUAUGUCCUGCCUCUAGGGCAGAUGUCCAGCCUCUAUACAGUAAAUGAGGGACAAAUGCACAUUUACUGCAUAAAAAUGUUUGUGUAUGUCUGGUACAUAUGCCCAAGACUGCAGUAUUAGGCUGCUUCCACAUCAGCUGAUCUUUGUGGAAGUUGUGCCACUAGAGGGCAUUGUGCUCAAGCCCUUCUAAGUGAAAUCCUGUGUAUUGCAGGACUUAUCACAGACCGAAAGCUGCAGCACAGGUGUACCAUACAACUUAAAUUGCAUACACACAUACACACCAAGUUAAAGCUCCCUGACAUUGCCAGAGGAGAAGAAUGUGGCCCUCCCUAGUGACCAAGCUGCAGAGAUGCUCACAUAUGCAGCCUGCAUGCUUCCUGUAGCCAUAGAGCAGCUAUAAGGGGUUCCACAGUGUGCUUUUGUGCCCCUGCUGCUGCAUUAGCAGUUUGAUCUAGCUGAACAUGCUUGCCUAGUUCACUGUAAAUUCCUGGACCUAAUUCCUGGCCUGUUGUGAUGGCAAUCCUUGGCUGUGUUUUCCCUUUUCACCUUGGAGUAUUAUUACAGAUUCUUUGAUUGUCCAUGGGAGAUGAUGAGAGCAGAGCUCCUAAUCUCUCUAUCCCGCCCCCCUCUGCUUCUCUCUCUCUAGGAUAAGUACAUUUAUCUGUACGAAUGCAUUCGUGACAUCAUCACCCAGAAGCAAGUUUAAGUUGCUGCUCUUUGUUAGAUGGGUGGAAUACACCGAGCACAACAGUGUUGUAGGCAUAGCCAGGAUGGAAGUGAUCCUAUGUGGAGAUGAGCAGCUGCAUCUUAGCAAGAGCAGAGUGGUGAAAUAAGAAGAGCCAAGAACAGUGAGCUGAUUACAAGGAACUUAAAUCUGCUGUCAGAAAAGUACGGGUAUCCAUGUAUCCCCUCGGUUAGGAUGGAUUUGGAGGGGAGGGGUUGGGGAGAAGCUUUCCUGAGACUACCUGGCUUGGUUUCAGCAUUUUGGGAUUCUGAAGAACCUCAAGGUUCCCAUACACUGACAGAGUUCGUAGGGACCACAAUAAUGGAAUCAAGAGGUCUUAUCAAGUAUGACAACCUUUUGGAUAACUUGUGCCAUUCUAGAUGUUUCGUGCCAGAAAGAGAUACAGCAGGAGAUGAUGUAGAAAAAGGUGAUGGGCAGGGCAGACCAAUGGUCCAGCUUCUCUGCUACCACAUGCCUGAUACUUCUUGUUUUUGACCCUUGUGCCAGUGGACUUGCACAGCUGGGUCUGUGUAAUCAAUUUGUCAGACUGACACAGUCCCCAGUGCAACAUGUCUGGGUGAUUCCCUUGCACAAGCAGACCUGGGCAGUCUCCUAUUCUCAUCCAGCUCGCAUGGCGUCAAGAACAGGACAGCACUGACUAAGUUGCAGUAUCUUCUUCACAAAAGCACCUCUGAAAUAAGCAUGGAUCAUCUUGCACACAGGGAAGGAAAGUUUAAACCGUCGGCAGUUUAUGAAACCUUAUAUGAUGCAGCAAGAGUGAGUAAAAAGAGGCUAAGCAUGUUUACACAGAACGAAAGAAUGGUGGUAUCCAGUCUAAUGAAACUAAUGGAAAGCUAGUUCAAGGAUAUCUCAAAGACUUCUUUGCACAAUGUAAAAAUAACCUAUGGAAUUCAAUGCCAAGGGAGUUGUCUAUUUGUAUAAGUGCUUAUGUGGCUGCAAUCCUAUAUCAGAUACCAGGAGUAAGUCCCACUGAACUCAGUAGAGCUUAUUUCUGAGUAGAGGGUUGCACUGUUAAUGGAUUAGACUAAUUAAUGCAGGAUGAGGAUAUCCAGAUGAAAGGAUAGAGUAGGGACAGCUAAUGUAGUGGCCCUCUAAAUUUUGUGGACUACGGCUCCCAUGAGCUCCAGCCAGCAUGGCCAGUGGGAAGAGAUCACAGCAACUGUAGUCCAGCAACAUUUGCAGGGCACCAUGUUGGCUACCUCCAAUAUACAGAGAGGGUUAGACGCAAUGCAGAAGGUGGAUACAAUCAUUUUACCCUAUUUGUGCAUUUCUUUAGCACAAAACGCUGGCUCCUGCUUUUUGGGAGAUUUCUAAAAGAAGAAGUUUUAAGACCACUCUUAGUUUGAUUCAGCAUGUUUUCAUAACAGUCCAUAUACAUGUAUUCCACAUGGUAAGCCCAUCAAGAACCGUCUCUCAGAAAGCAGACAAGACUUAUCAUCAUUAUCCCCCAACACCCUCUGAUUCUGUUCUGUUCCACUUCCUGCCUUGGCUCUUGACACUGCUAGGCCCCCUCUUGAGAGCUGGGCUUGUUCUCUCCAAAACUCUGGUUCCUCUAGUGUUGCAAUUCUUUCCCUGGGAAAGGGGGGUAUUGGGAAUAUCUGCCAUUGCACUCAAUGGGGCUUAACUUGUGAUUGAACAUGCUUAGGAUUAAAUUGCAGGACAUUCUUUGGUAAAUUUUAUUCCCCUCCUCAGUUUGAGUCUCAUCAUGCCCAAUUCUUUCUACUUUAAACUGGCUCACUCUCAACUCUGUUUUUAGAAUGGACACUUGAGGAGUAUGCUGAAAGAAAUAUGCUGUUGUAAAUGAAAACAACUUUCCCCAGUUUCUCUGAAACAGAGAAAAAAUGGGGGGAGGGGGUUUGUAAUAAUAAAUUAUUCAUUUUU